AUGGAUUGUUCCUGCAGCCGACUGAGAGAGAAAGCGCGAGAGAGAGAGGAAGAGAGAGAGAGCGAUGCUGAGAGAAGUCGGCUCUGCACAGCAUACUGACACAUGCACACACACUUUCCCCCCAACACAUACACUCACACACACUCUCCCUGAUACGCAAUCUGCUUAGGAUGCAAGAUAAACACUGACAGGGAAAACUAAGACUGGGUGAACAGCCUGUUUGACUGCUGAGGAACACAGAAGACAACAGGACAAGAGGAAGAGGAAGAGGUUACUACCUUCAUCCCUGCUGUGUCGUACAGCAACAGUUUCACUGCUGUCAUCUGGACAUCCAACAAGAGCCAGCUUCCAGAGAGAGGGGACACUGAAGACACACCUCCCCAAACAGGGAGAGGUAGCAAGGGCAGGACGAAGGGUGAUUGUACCCCCACCUUGGAGGUUUUUUGACAUUCCCUGUGGAUGUCCUCUCCACGUCCCCAUGAAGGCAGGGGAGGUUCUAGGAGAAGUCUGGAUCACAAGAUGGCACAGAGAUCAGGAGGGGACGGCACCCCGAAAAAGAACACAUCCCUCAACCUGGUCACAGGGUUCUUUCACUACCUCCGUGGUAAGUGGGACAUAGUGUGUGUGUGCGUGUUGGGGCAAAGUGUGUGUGUAUGUUUGGGCAAAGCGUGUGUGUGUGUGUAUGUGUGGUUGAAAGAGGGAGAAUGGAGUAAGUGUGUCUGUGAUUGAGAGUGUAUGCAGUGUGUGUGUGUGGUGUGUGUAUGAGAGAGUGAGAGAGUGUGAGAGAGAGAACAUUUGCAUUCGCCCUUCCAAUUUAGCCUUUCAGGCAGGACACCACUGGUGGGGUAGCGGUUGUAAUGGGGGACAGGGGAGGUAUUGGGGGGCAGUAAAGGGGGCGUUUCCACCUCGGUAGUGGGGCAUAUAGAGGUCGCUCAUCACUGUGCCUGCAGCAGGUGAACCAGGUAUAAUGAGCAGAUGAAUACCGCUGGCUGUGUCACGGUUCACUGACCCUCUGCCUAUCUGUCUGUCUACUUGUCUGUCUACCAGCCAGUCUGUCUGUCAUUUGUCUGUCUGUCUGUCUACCUGUGUUCUGCCUGUUCGUCUAUCUGUCUGUCUCUGUCACUGUCUGUCUGUCUGUCUGUCUGUCUGUCUGUCUGUCUGAAAGGGGAUCGCUACUCCAGUCACAUCAUAGUCAGUCGGCAGAUAACUGCCCCAGAUUAUAGUGUUCGUCAUAAUGUUGUUUCACUAAGGUAACUUUCCCCAUAGGGGUCAGGGAGGGGAGAGUGUGACUGGGAUGAGACUAACGAUCGUGGCUAUUCUGACUAAUCAAGCGUGUCAAAACGCUGCUGUGAGGUUUUGUUGCUGAGAAAGGCUAUUUCCUUUGUGAUUAUUGAAUGGAAGUGUGUAUGUAUGUGAGAGAGUGUAGUGUGUGUAUGUGUGGGUGUGCAGUGUUUCCUCUAGGAUUUAUUUUGGAGGGGGGUCAUUUAAAAGCGCAUCUCGGCAGAAAUAUAUAAUAUUUUUUGCAGCGGUGGCAACAAUUUAGCAGCGGUGGGCCACGAAUAUAGAGGAAUAACAGUGUGUGUGUGUGCCGCUCAAAGUCACCUCGUCCCUGAGAUGGAGAGAGCUUGGCACCACACACACAUAGACCCCCACCAACAGUCCUCCUUUCUCUCACUCACACACACACACACACACACAGACAUUUUCAUCAGUUAGUCUCCUCAGUAUUUUUGCCCUGAUACGGACCUGAUCAAACAAUUAAUCCCCAAAACCAGGACCUGCUCUGUGACACGUGUGAAAGUGUGUGAAUGUGGGACUGCAUUAUGUAUGAACACCUCCCUCCCUCCUCCUCCAUCCCUCCUUCCCUCUGCAUCUACCUACAUUAGUCAGUGACACACUAACCGACUUGUGUGUAAUCAAUCAGUCAGUGUGUUUCAUUACGGCAGGCAGGCAGGGGAAAGCACUGUGUCAGAUGUCCUCUCUGGGUGAUAAGGCGAUUAUCUCAAGGAUUUUUCUCACUGCUGCAGCCGGGGUGAAGAAAAGCUAGCCGUCACUUGUGCCAGUCAAAAUUAUAUACAUUGUGUGUUUUGGAUGGGGUGACUGGAAUAAGAUUGAUGUGUUUACGCAGUGUAAUAUGUGACAGUGUGAUAGAAAUGGUUUUGUGGAUUGUUGGGCUAUAAAUCUGUGUAAUUCUAUAGGGAUGAUGAAUUGCAGUGUAUGUGUGGUGAAUAUCGAAUGGAAUAUGAUGUCCCAUUAAUGUGUUGAUAUAUGAGACAGUGUGAUAGUGAUACACAGUUUUCUGCAGAUUAUUGUGGUGUGAGUCUGUCUGAUUCUUUAGUGAUGGAUGAAAUACAGUUUACUCCAAUGAAUCUUCUAGUAACAUGACGUUCAAACAGUAUUCCCCACUUUUGACCAGAAAGUUGCUCUUCUUCUUCUUCUUCUUCUUCUUCUUCUUCUUCUUCUUCUUCCUUUCUCCCGCUCUCUCUUUCUCUUUCUCUCUCCCUCUAUCUCUGUUAGUCAAUCUUUCUCUCAGUGUGAAGGACCCACCAGCGAUUUAUGCUUUGUCCUAAUUUAAGUGGAUUAGCUUUUUAAGGUACAUCGUCAGUAGUAUUGAUUGUGCCUUUGCUAAUAGAUUUUUAUUGCUGGAACCAUAACAAACUGUGCCCUUCACUUCCAAAUAAAUAUGCACAACACACAUGACAUUAUGUACUUUUAUGGUAAUCAACAUACUGAACAGGCAAAGAGAUAGUUGGGGGCUUAUUGUGAAAUGCAGGAAUUAGACAUGGCCUUCUGUCACUCAUGACCCAUUUUUUUCAUAAAAGGGCAUCCUUUUAAAAAGGCACAUGUUUAUCAAUCAGCUUGAAGAGGGGAUAGGUUGGUGAAAAUGCCAUCUGAAUGUCAGAUCUAUUCUCAUUGAGCAAAGUACAGUAGAGCAGAGCCAGCUAACCACUUAGAGACAUUAGGCAUAGCAAUGCACUGGAUAUGGAAGUUGUUAAUCAGAGUCAUCAUCCAUUAAUAAGGCCUAACUCAAGCUAUUUUCAUAACAGUGCAGUACAGUUAGAAGAAAAUAUAUCCUGUCCAUUCUGUUUGUUUGUUUACAAAGCAUGUGACCAUUAUGUUUAUGAUUUUCAGAUGAUCAAGAGGCGGUGCAGAAGAGGACGUUCACUAAAUGGAUCAAUUCCCACUUGGCAAAGGUAAGAGUUUGUCGUCUGUCUUACUGACUGUCUGUCUGGCAGGUCUUUGUAGUCAUUGUUGUGCAAAUACAAAAGGGACUACAUUAUAAUAUGCCAUUUAGCAGACGCUUUUAUCCAAAGCGACUUACAGUCAUGCGUGCAUACAUUUUUGUGUAUGGGUGGUCCCGGGGAUCGAACCCACUACCUUGGCGUUACAAGCGCCGUGCUCUACCAGCUGAGCUACAGAGGACCAUUACACUAAAAGGGGCAUUAUCACCAUUUUCAUAGUAUUAUUCCAACCUCAUAGUGUGGAAAUAUAUAUAAAACACAGGAAAACAAUGUGUUCACUGCACUGGGCCUUUAAAGGUAUUAGGCUAACCAGUCAUGAGACUUGGUUGUACCACCCCCUAGAUCACAUGCAGGCCAGACACACAUGCAUGCGCAGCACACAAGCUCUCAUCUGUAAGUCACACUACUGUUCCUUCUCACCUGACCUUACAUCAGAUAGCCUGUGGACAGCUUUCAGUCUUAACUCAUACAAAAGUAAUUAUAGCUAUUUGCUUUCAACAAAAGCAAUUUCUGUUUUUUUCCCCUCCAGUACAGUGUACUAAAUUAGGAUCUGUAUCAUUUCAUAUUUAUGACGUUUUCCAUCUCUGCAGGCUAUAGUCUAGACAAGGUUUGGGCUCAGAGAUUGGGGCUAAAACAGAACCCUACUCUUCCUUUGCAAUUAAUUUGGAUUGUUCUGGAUAAGAGCGCAAAUCCUUCAUUUGCCUUCCUAUUAGGCUUAUCCUACCAUUUAAGCAACAGUGUUUCUGUAACCUAAACUAUUACAGUUGCCGCAACCGCAUGCCUUGGUCUGUCAUGUGCAUGUAAUUAUGGUAUUAUAACGUAUUAGGCUCCUCAAUUUAACCCAUUACUGCUUGAAGAGCAUGUCGGGGAGCGAGUGGACAAGGCGACCGCGGCACAGUGCCACGCAAUUAAACGCUAUUUCAAUCCGAGCCGCCGCCGCUCUCAAGGUUUCCAAUUUGAUUACGACAGUGGCCGCAUUCAUCUGCGGUGACGCGGAGCAGAAAAUUCAUUUGAGGAGGCAGUCUGCAGGGAAUAAACCUUGACAUGAUAUUAAAUAUCAGAUAUCAGGACCUUUGCAGCAGAAAAUUACUCACCACCAAAAUAUUUAAAUGUCCUAGAUGUGUUAUAGCGUUUAAAGUAAAGACCUAAUCAUUUAUUUAUUGCACUUUCUCCCCACACAGCAAAUAGAUUAAAGACAUCCUCCAGCGAUUUUUUAUAUCCCAAGUAUAAAUACAGUACGCAUACUAAAAUAAGUACACACACUAAAGGGUAAAAUAAACAGUUUUGAGGAAAAUAUCUGCAAACUUCAAGGUGUAGGGCAUUCAAAGACUUGGUCUGACAGAGAUUCGUUAUGUCGUCUCCCCCCCAUUUGCUUGAGGAACAAUAGAGGAGCAAUAGAGAACAGAAGAGGAAAGCCCCCCCCCCCCCCCACCCCGUGCUAUGUCAAGAGGAUACCUGGACCACCUAUUGAGAUGUGCCUUUUGUUAUGUAAAUCAGGUGAAUGAGCUGAAUAGGAGACUGGAGUAGGACUUUUUAAAGUCAUGUAGGGCGGUGCUUUACGCCCUGCUUCUGGGCUACAUACAUGUCAUAUUAACAACCUAAUUUUAUCCUAAUCACCAACCUGAAACUCUGUGGAUGAUAUCUCAUCAAACCAUCUGGAACGGUGUUGAUCCCCCAUCAACAUUUGUGGUCCUCUGUAGCUCAGCUGGUAGAGCACGGCGCUUGUAACGCCAAGGUAGUGGGUUCGAUCCCCGGGACCACCCAUACACAAAAAAAUGUAUGAACGCAUGACUGUAAGUCGCUUUGGAUAAAAGCGUCUGCUAAAUGGCAUAUUAUUAUUAUCAAAGCACUGGGGAAGAUGAACAAUAUCAAGAUAGGGGAAACAGGCUAGACUUCCUGACAUAGUUUGCUCUUUACGGUUAAACUCGAUAUGUUUGAUUUAGGCUAUUCUGGAAUGAUUAUAUCGCUGCUCUGUGCUCUGUCUAAAUAGCUUUUAAAUUCUUAAAGGUAAUUGCUUAGCUUUUUUUCUGACUCGUCUCCUGUUGAUUAAAUCCCCCCCCCCCGCCUCCCGCCAUCCCUUCUUCAUGGCGCAAGCCUAUUAACCUCUUCCUCCUCGAGCAUGAUGUUACCGUAGCGACCGAUGUCAGCAUGUAGGUCUAUUUGUCUUAGUGGAUUGCUUUGUGUCAGGUUGGUAAACGGGUUGGUAAACGGGUUGGUAAACUGAAAUGGCGAAGAGAACAUAGAGGGUGUCUCUCUGAGGUUGCCUUGUUGAGGGAAAUAAUUAUGCCUGUGGUGAAGUGCUGUUGGCUGAAACCUAGCUUACUAAACUCCACUCCAUGGUGAAGGAAGUUUCUGAUAAACUCCACCAACAGAGUGGAGCAGAGACCAGGCUUUGUGGAAUUCAUCUCUAACUACAUUGAUUCGCCCAAGGUCAAUACUUAAAAAAAUUACAAUUAUGAAACGCUUACCUGAUACCUAUGUUUGUCCUCUGUAGUUGGGUGCCUUUCUUUGCUUUUUCAAUAAACGUUAAUCAAAUACAACCACCAACUGUUACCUUGUUGAGGUUCAAUUGGCACAUGCAUGUUUGCGCUGAUUUGCCAUCUUAGAGCAACAGCAAUGUGCAAACAGUCAGUGGCUGUAUUUGAUUAACGUUUAUUGAAAAAGUACAAGUAUUUCAGCAAACAAAGGCACGCAACUACAGAGGACAAACAGAGGUACAAAGUAAGCAUUUCCUAAUAUAAAAAAAAAAGCAUUGACCUUGGGCAAAUCAAUGUAGUGAGAGCUGAAUUCCACAAAGCCUGGUCCCUGCUACACUCCGUUGGUGAAGUUCAUCAGAAACGUCCUUCACCAUAGAGUGAAGUUUAGUCAGCUAGCUAAAACCAAGCCUAUGGGCUCCUCUAUAUAUGUUUGCCUUUGAAUGACCUGCAGUAAAACAAACAAGUUGAAAUACUUUCUUUUAUAAAACCCCAUGUAGAAAAAUGUUGUGAGGCCCUUUUUAACUAGUCCCUUGGAGAGAGAGGGAGAGGCAAGCUAGCUGAGAUAGUGGGUUAAGCACAGCUCUCCAGGGGUAGUAGGUCAUUACCAUAGUUAUCUCAGGCCUUUAAUUCUCAGCCUAAAGGUAUGUGAUUAAUCGUUAUAACGUAGGUAGGUGAGAUAACGCCGGUAUGAGGGAUACACCCUCUCCUUCCGCCUUGCUUUCUUCCCCCUCCCGGGCCUACCCCUCCACAGGUAACAAAAUACGAUUUCAUAUGAGCUCUGACAAAGGGGCAAAGAUAGAAGAGCACAGUUAAAUAAAAUAUGAAUGGUUUCCUGUUACACAGGGUAAUAUACCUUGUAAUUGAAGGUCUAUCCUGCAACUUUGUUGAACCAGCACCUAAAUAGCAUAGUAUGUAUGACAGUAUGAUUUAUUUUCAGUGCACAUCCACAUAUGCAAAACCAUCCCAAAGCAAGAUCAGCCAGCAUGGGUGAGCCAGGGAGAAUGUAUUUAUAUGCCUCUGCAUGUUGCACAGAAGAAUAUGAUUAAAGCACUCAGACUGAAGAGCUUUUAAGUUGUACUCAGCUACUCAGCAGAGAGCGUGAGAGUGAGAGAGAGCGAGAGAGAGAAGUCCCUCAUUUUCCAUUUUGACAAAUCCUCUGUGAGAAGGUUAGGGCUUAAUUAUGGGCUGGCCGGUGUGAGCGGCACGGCAGGCUCAUCAUCUCUCAGCAAACAGCUGGGCUAAACUAGCUGCAUUAAUCAGCUGCCAAGUGUUCCCAGAGAUUACUGCAAAGCCCCGCUGACCAUUGUAAACACUUUUUUCACCCUGUCUCUUACUCUUUCUUUCUUCUCUCAGACAUUAUGGCACACAACUCAUCCCAACCCCUCUUCCUCAUCCCACGUAACUUAUAGUUUCAAUAUUCUACUUCUCUACUCCUGUAUUUCUCUAUCAUAUUGUCAGUAUCUCAUCGUUAUUCUUCCCUGGAUCUUCAUCCAUUCCGUCUCUCUUCCUUCUUCCAUUCUCUCUCUCUCUCUCUCUCUCUCUCUCUCUCUCUCUCUCUCUCUCUCUCUCUCUCUCUCUCUCUCUCUCUCUCUCUCUCUCUCUCUCUCUCUCUCUCUCUCUCUCUGCACAUAAGGUCAUAGACAAGCACACUUACAGAGGCUGGGAUGUUCCCAAUCAAUUAAAGCCUAGACACUCACAUGUAAUUAGUUCCUAAAGCCCUUGAUUUAUUUAUCUGACUCCUGUGACUGAGCUGAGUAAAUGGAUAUUACUUCCUUAUUUUGUAAUUAGUAGAAAUUUCCUCAUUAGCUCUUGGAUUAUAACGAGCUAAUAGGUGAAUUUAACUUUAAUUAGCCGUGGCAUAAUUUGUCCCUCUGUAGAGGCCUCAGUAAAGUGUUUUUCUGUCACUCAUUGAAAGCGACACAAAUGCAUUGUGAACAGUAAAAUAUGUAAAGCAAAAUAACUAUUAGAAGUGGAAUUAAAGAGGAAAGCUAAUUGCUAAUUCAUUUUGAGAGUUGUGUGAGGUAGGAUCUUUACCUCUCUUUCUUUCUCACUCACUCUCUGUUCGCUUGUAGAACAUGUCUGGGUCUAGAUUCCCUAUUCCUUGCUUUCACUCUCUUGGUCUCCCUUUACUUUCCCUCCCUGCCUCCCUUCUUCCCACUCUCCCCCUCUUUUCCUCCCCCCUCUCUCGCUCUCUUUUCACUAAUCUCACUGUGAAUAGCUGAAUGCCUUUCCCUCUAAACCUCUCCUCAGCCCCACCAUGUGACUAUGCUUUAAGAGAAAUCAUUGAUGUGGCGUCUGGGAGAAAUUGAGAUAUGUGUCUCAGGUCAUGGAGGGAGUUCUUGAGAGGGGCUCACUUUGAAAAUCAUCAGCAUAUUUCUGGAUUUUGGGAUUCGGGACCCCUUUCAAAAGAGACUGAUCCUCCUAGCUGUCAAUCAAUCGUGCCACAGCCAAGCUUUCCUGUGGCUCAGCAUAUCCUUUUUGACAGGAUUUUGUGAAUGUACUGUGAUCAUGCAUAUUACAUGCUUGGAGACUUACUGCACUAUAAGCCAUGUUGCUUUUAUUACAUUAACCAUUAAGUCUACAAAAACAGAUCUUGAUGGGUUGAGUUUCCAAGAAAAGUUUACCUAAAAGCUUUAGUUGGGUAAUUACUGUAUCGCACAGAACACUUACGUAAACAUUAAACUAAUGCAGCUUUGUAUUGACUGUUGUUUCAUUUAAUUAAUCCUGUUUGUUAUGGUGUUGUUCCCCCCAGCGUGUCCCGUCCCUAGUGGUGACAGACCUGUUUGAGGACAUCAAGGAUGGAGUGAUGCUGCUGGCCCUGCUGGAGGUCCUGUCUGGACAGAAGCUGGUGAGUCCUGUACCUGCUCUGGGAUCAGUUUAACUAGUCUGCAAGUGGUCUCACUCAGGGCAGCAACAAAGGCCCUUCCUCCACUCGUGGCUUUGGAACAGUUUAACUGCACGUGGUCUUGGUCACAGUGUUGUUGACUCAUAAUAAAUACCAAUCCAUGCCCACCAGAUCCUCAACAUGCAGGAUUCAACUCCGCCCCCUUGAAGAUGUUCAACUGAAAUGACAGUAAGCUCUCAUCAAAAAACAGAGCAAUGAAAUAUAAUGAAGGCAGGGUUGACAUGGAAACCUGUUUGUAAAGGGCAUUUGAAGACUGAUUUUGAAUACUACUGUGAAAGACUUUCUCUGUGAACCCUGCCCUCAAAGCUAUGUUUACAGCAUAUCUAAGGACAUCAGUGAAUGUGAGAAUGGAAACGAUUACAUGGAAAUUACAUAAUAUUGAUUAGUCUUUAUUAGGAUGUUUGGUUGGAAAAAAGCAGGCUAGAUAAACAGGGAAAGGCCAGGGGGCACACACACACACACACACACACACACACACACACACACACACACACACACACACACACACACACACACACACACACACACACACACACACUGUUUGAUGGUCCCACAAGGCCAAUACAGCCUUGGGUCUAAGCUGUCUGUUAUAUUGAUCUCUUUGCUAAAAGGCAAACACACUCGGAUUCAUUUUCUCUCUAUCUCUGUCUCUCUGUCUCUGUCUCGCUAUCUCUGUCUCUCUAUCUCUGUCUCUGUCUCUGUCUCUGUUUCUCUCUCUCUGUCUCUCUGUCUCUGUUUCUCUAUCUCUCUAUCUCUGUCUCUGUCUCUCUGUCUCUGUCUCUCUGUCUCUGUCUCUCUAUCUCUGUCCCUGUCUCUGUCUCUGUCUCUGUCUCUGUCUCUGUUUCUCUAUCUCUGUCUCUCUAUCUCUAUCUCUGUCUCUCUAUCUAUGUCCCUGUCUCUGUCUCUCUAUCUCUAUCUCUAUCUCUAUCUCUAUCUCUAUCUCUAUCUCUAUCUCUGUCUCUCUGUCUCUCUGUCUCUCUGUCUCUGUCUCUGUUUCUCUAUCUCUGUCUCUCGGUCUCUGUUUCUCUAUCUCUCUAUCUCUGUCUCUCUGACUCUGUAUCUGUCUCUGUCUCUGUGUCUGUCUCUGUCUCUGUCUCUCUGUCUCUGUCUCUGUCUCUGUCUCUGUCUCUCUAUCUCUGUCUCUGUCUCUCUAUCUCUGUCUGUCUAUCUCUGUCUCUCUCCAUUUCUGUUUUCUCUUCCUUGUUUUUCAUGUUAAUCUUAUUCUUGUUUUCUCUGUUAUUCAAUCUGCCAUCUUUCCCUCUUUUCAAUCUCUUUCUACUUUCCAUUCUGUUGUUUUCCCAAUCUCUGUUUUCAUUAUUUUCUCUCUCUCCCUCUGUACCUUUUUCUUUCUGUUUAACAUCCUUCUGACUCUAUACUCUAUGUUUCUUUGACUCUGUCUUUUAUUACCCCCCCACCCCCUGUCUCUCUCUCUCUCUCUCUCUCUCUCUCUCUCUCUCUCUCUCUCUCUCUCUCUCUCUCUCUCUCUCUCUCUCUCUCUCUCUCUCUCUAUAUAUAUAUAUGUAUCUCUCUCUAUCCCCCCCCUAGCCGUGUGAGCAGGGGAGGAAGCUGCGGAGGAUCCACUGGGUCUCAAACAUCGGCACGGCUCUCAACUUCCUGGAGGGCAGAAAGGUAGGAGUGCUCCAUCUCUACCUCUCCCCCUCUCCUCUCCUCCUCAAUCCCUCUCCUUCUCUCCUCCUCCAUCCAUCUCCCCCUUCAUCCCUCUCCCCCUCUCCCACUGACCCUCUCCCACUCUCCUCCUCUCCUCCUCCAUCCAUCUCCCCCUCCAUCCUUCCACCCCUCUCCCUGUAUACUCAUCCAUCCCUCUCACCCUCCAUCCCUCUCCCCCUCUCCCUUGACACACAUGGUUCAGGUGAUGGCCUUGGGGUCAGAACACUGAAGACUGACCCCGCAUGACCCUUUCUCUCCUACAUUCCCCUCUCUACCUCCCAUCUCCCUUUGCCCUGCUGUAUCUUUCUUCCCCCUUCUCCAUAUCUCUCUCUCUCUCUCUCUCUCUCUCAAAUUGACUGUUAUCCCUCACUCCAUGAGAUCAAUGUAGUAUUCCAUCCAACCUUUUUAUGUGAGUAAAGUACAUGUCGGAUAAAACAUGUAAUGACAGGCCUGAUGGAAACAGAAACUGUGUCGGUAAACUUUCCAAAUGUCGACAAAACAAAAUACGCUAGACAAGGUGGGAUCUUUUUGUGUCGGUAAAUUGAAUAAUGCGAGAAAUGGCGGUGGAAACGCCUUUAUGCGCAAAUAUUGAUUUAAUAAACAUAAUAUCGAAGUAAACACAAUUAUAUAUUUUGUGGUCCUCCCACUAUGACUCGGGUAACCAUGCAGUUUAUUAGGCUGUAGAUGAAAUAAGUUAUGAUGAACUUCACAGGGUGUUGAAAGUGCACUGUGAUCCUGAUGCUCCUUUCCAAUAAAUAUCGAGGGUCUUAUUCUGGUGACAUGAUGAUCGAUGCUUGACUGCUGUUCGACAAAUAAAAAUAUUCUCACUUUUAUCUAUAAUAAUUGUCAGUGUUUGAAGUGGAUGUGGUGUUGGAGUCAGGCGCAGGACACAGAAGCUUAGUCCAACAGACUUUACUAGUCAGAAAUAUGACAAUACAAAAAGAACGGGCCUCAAACAACGGAGGCGAGCGAUACGCAAACAGUGCGUAAAACACGAAAUAUAAGCGAUGCGCAAACAGUGCGUCAAUACACUUAAAUACACCAGAGCAAAAUCCAAAACCCCAACGGACAGGCGGACAACAACACACAACUACAAACAAAACCAAAGGAAACUUAUAGGUGACAUAAUCAAUAAGUGAUAAGACACCGGUGCACCAAACAGACAAAACCAAACAAACAUAGAGAACAUCAAACGGUAGCAGCUAGUACUCCGGGGACGACGAACGCCGAAGCCUGCCCGAACAAGGAGGAGGAGCAGUCUCGGCGGAAUUCGUGACAGUACCCCCCCCUUGACGCACGGCUCCAGCCGUGCGCCGACCCCGGCCUCGGGGACGGCCAGGAGGACGUGGAGCAGGGCGCGUAGGAUGACUACGAUGGAACUCAGUCAGGAGGGAUGGAUCUAAAAUGUCCCUCCGAGGCACCCAGCACCGUUCCUCCGGACCGUACCCCUCCCACUCCACGAGAUAUUGUAGACCCCCCAUCCGACGUCUCGAAUCCACGAUGGACCGGACUGAGUACGCCGGAGCCCCCUCGAUGUCCAGUGGGGGCGGAGGGGUCUCCCUUAUCUCACUCUCCUGGAGUGGACCAGCUACCACCGUCCUGAGGAGAGACACAUGGAAUGAGGGGUUAAUGUGAUAGUUAUUGGGCAGUUGCAACCUGUAACACACCUCAUUCAAUCUCCUCAGGACUUUAAAUGGCCCCACAAACCGCCGGCCAAGCUUCCGGCAGGGCAGGCGAAGGGGCAGGUUUCGAGUCGAGAGCCAGACUCGAUCUCCAGGGGCGUAGACUGGACCCUCACUGCGGUGGAGGUCGUGCUCGCCUUCUGCCUGCGGAUGGCCCGCUGCAGAUGGACGUGGGCAGCGUUCCAUGUCUCCUCCGAGUGCCGAAAAAACUCAUCCACCGCAGGAGCCUCGAUCUGGCUCUGAUGCCAUGGUGCCAGAACCGGCUGAUAACCUAAUACACACUGAAAAGGGGUCAGGUUAGUAGAGGAGUGGCGGAGAGAGUUCUGAGCCAUCUCUGCCCAGGGGAUAUACCCCGACCACUCCUCCGGCCGGCCCUGGCAAUAGGAUCUCAGAAACCUACCCACAUCCUGGUUUACUCUCUCCACCUGCCCAUUACUCUCCGGGUGGUAACCCGAGGUAAGGCUAACCGAGACCCCCAAGUGUUCCAUGAACGCCCUCCAGACUCUAGAGGUGAACUGGGGACCCCAAUCAGACACUAUAUCCUCGGGAACCCCGUAGUGCCGGAAGACGUGGGUGAACAAAGCCUCAGCGGUCUGUAGGGCAGUAGGGAGACCCGGCAUAGGAAUGAGACGACAGGCUUUAGAGAACCGAUCCACAACGACCAGAAUAGUGGUAUUCCCCUGGGAGGGGGGAAGGUCCGUGACAAAGUCCACCGAGAGGUGAGACCAUGGCCGUUGUGGAACGGGCAGGGGUUGUAAACUUCCCCCUGGGCAGGUGUCUAGGCGCCUUACACUGAGCGCACACCGAGCAGGAGGAGACAUAAACCCUCACGUCCUUAGCCAAUGUUGGCCACCAGUAUUUAACACUAAGGCAGUUGCACUGUCCGGCCAAUACCUGGAUGUCCAGAGGAGGGUGACGUAUGAGCCCAAUAAAUGAGCCGAUCACUGACCUCGAGCGGCACGUACGUCCGACCCACUGGACACUCUGGGGGAGUAGGGUCGGUGCGUAACGCCCGCUCAAUUUCCGCAUCGACCUCCCAUACCAACUGGUGCCACCAGACAAGACUCCGGCAGUAUGGGAGUGGGCUCAAUGGACCUCUCCUCUGUGUCAUACCGCCGGGACAGGGCGUCUGCCUUACCGUUCUGGGACCCUGGGAUGUACGUGAUCUUAAAAACGAACCGGGUCAGGAACAUGUUCCACCUAGCCUGACGAGGGUUUAAUCUCCUAGCUGCCCGGAUGUUCUCCAGGUUACGAUGGUCGGUCAGAAUGAGAAAAGGGUGUUGAGCCCCCUCAAGCCAAUGCCUCCACACCUUUAGGGCUUGAACCACGGCUAACAGCUCCCUGUCCCCUAUGUCAUAAUUACGCUCCGCCGGGCUGAGCUUCUUAGAAUAGAAAGCGCAGGGACGGAGCUUAGGUGGCGUGCCUGAGCGUUGCGACAGUACUGCCCCAAUACCGGCCUCUGACGCGUCCACCUCUACCUGGAACGCUAAAGCGGGGUCCGGGUGCGCCAGCACCGGAGCCGAGGUGAACAGGUCUUUCAGUUUACAAAACGCCCUGUCCGCCUCAGCUGACCACUGCAAACGCACCGGGCCCCCCUUCAGCAGGGAAGUAAUGGGAGCUGCUACCUGUCCAAAACCCCGGAUAAACCUCCGGUAGUAAUUGGCAAAACCCAAAAACUGCUGCACCUCUUUCACAGUGGUUGGGGUUUGCCAGUUACGCACGGCUGACACACGGUCAAUCUCCAUCUUCACCCCUGACGCGGACAACCGAUGACCCAAGAAGGAGAUGGACUCCUGGAAAAACAGACAUUUCUCUGCCUUGACAUACAAGUCAUGCUCCAACAGUCUACCCAACACUCGGCGUACCAGGGCUACAUGCUCGGCACGUGUAGCAGAGUACACUAAGAUGUCGUCAAUGUACACUACCACUCCCUGCCCAUGCAGGUCCCGGAAGAUCUCGUCCACAAAUGAUUGGAAGACUGAAGGAGCAUUCAUUAACCCGUAUGGCAUGACAAGAUACUCAUAAUGACCUGAGGUGGUACUAAAUGCUGUCUUCCAUUCAUCCCCCUCACUAAUGCGCACCAAGUUAUAAGCGCUCCUGAGAUCCAGUUUUGUGAAGAACCGCGCCCCGCGUAAUGAUUCAGUCAUACUCGCAAUCAGAGGAAGAGGGUAACUGUAUUUCACAGUGAUCUGAUUGAGACUACGAUAAUCAAUACACGGGCGCAAACCUCCAUCUUUCUUCUUCACAAAAAAUAAUCUCGAGGACGCAGGGGAAGUGGAGGGCCGUAUGUAUCCCUGUUUCAGGGACUCAGCUAUGUAUGUCUCCAUAGCCGCCGUCUCCUCUUGAGACAGAGGAUACACAUGGCUCCGCGGAAGUGCCGCACCUGUCUGGAGGUUUAUCGCACAAUCUCCCUGCCUAUGAGGUGGCAAUCGUGUCGCCCUCGUCUUGCUGAACACGAGUGCCAAAUCCUCAUACUCAGGGGGAAUGUGCAUUGCGGGCACUUGGUUCGGACUCUCCACCGUGGUCGCCCCCACGGAAACACCUAGACAUCGCCCAACACACUGGCCAGACCAUUCCUUGAGAGCCCUCUGUUGCCACGAAAUGGUGGGGUCAUGGGUGACUAACCAAGGAAGCCCCAGCACCACGGGAUACGCAGGAGAGUCAAUUAGGUACAACUGAAUAAUCUCCUCAUGACCCCUCUGCGUCUUCAUCUUUAGUGGCGCUGUGACUUCCCUAAUCAACCCAGACCCCAACGGGCAGCUAUCUAGGGCAUGGACAGGAAAGGGUGCAUCAACGGGCAGGAGGGGAAUCCCUAACCUAGAACAACAUUUCCGAUCAAUAAAAUUCCCAGCUGCGCCUGAAUCGACUAGCGCCUUAUGCUGGGAAUGAGAUGCAACCUGAGGAAAUACUACAGGUAUACAAAAGUGAACAACAGAGAGCUCUGGGUGAGUGGGGCGCCUACUCACCUGAAAUGACUCUCCAGUGCGCGACCUGUUGUCCCGAUUCCCUGGAGACCCUCCCCAGCACCUAGCCGCAGUGUGUCCUCCACGGCCACAGCUGGUGCAGGGGACGGCCCCCCUCGGAUUCUCUCUCCUACUCCCUCUAGCGCCAGCACCCCCGAGCUCCAUUGGGCUCGGCUCGGAGGUGCUGGGGAAUGGAAUGGACGGCCCCAUCUCGGGACGUCCGCGGGUGGCCAGCAGGGUAUCCAGACGGAUGGACAUGUCCACUAGCUGGUCAAAGGACAGAUUGGUGUCCCUGCAGGCCAGCUCUCGACGAACGUCCUCUCGCAGGCUACACCUAUAGUGGUCGAUGAGGGCCCUCUCAUUCCACCCCGCAUCCGCCGCUAGAGUCUGGAAAUCCAGGGCGAAAUCCUGUGCGUUCCUCUUCCCCUGUCGGAGGUGGAACAGAUGCUCCCCCGCCGCUUUACCCUCAGGAGGGUGAUCGAAAACAGCCCUGAAGCGGCGGGAGAACUCCGCGUAGCUGAUGGUGGCGGCGUCUAUUCCCCUCCAUUCGGCGUUGGCCCACUCCAACGCCUUGCCGGAGAGACAGGAGAUGAGGGCGGACACGCUCUCGUAUCCCGAGGGCGCCGGGUGUAUGGUGGCCAGGUAGAGUUCCACCUGAAGGAGGAACCCCUGACACCCGGCUGCUGUGCCAUCAUACGCCCUCGGGAGCGAGAGCCGAAUCCCACUGGAUUCCGGAACCGGUCUGGUGGGACUGGCCGAUGGUGGUGGUAAUGUAGGAGGAGGUGUGGGCAUGCCUCCCCUUUCCCAUCGGCGCAGGGUGUUCAUGACCUCCUGCAUGGCGGAGCCGAGUUGAUGGAUCCUGGCGUCCUGGCAGCUGACCCGAUCCUCCAGCGACUCGGUCGCCGCCGCUGCUCCUGCUGACUCCAUUGAUGGUGUGUUGUUCUGUCAGUGUUUGAAGUGGAUGUGGUGUUGGAGUCAGGCGCAGGACACAGAAGCUUAGUCCAACAGACUUUACUAGUCAGAAAUAUGACAAUACAAAAAGAACGGGCCUCAAACAACGGAGGCGAGCGAUACGCAAACAGUGCGUAAAACACGAAAUAUAAGCGAUGCGCAAACAGUGCGUCAAUACACUUAAAUACACCAGAGCAAAAUCCAAAACCCCAACGGACAGGUGGACAACAACACGCAACUACAAACAAAACCAAAGGAAACUUAUAGAUGACAUAAUCAAUAAGUGAUAAGACACAGGUGCACCAAACAGACAAAACCAAACAAACAUAGAGAACAUCAAACGGUAGCAGCUAGUACUCCGGGGACGACGAACGCCGAAGCCUGCCCGAACAAGGAGGAGGAGCAGUCUCGGCGGAAUUUGUGACAAUAAUCUCGUCAUGUUGACUAGCCUACCCACACUGUAUCUGCUAGCUGUUGCACGUGCACGUGCCAAGACCAGAGUAAGCACAUUUGCUAUUUAACAAAACAGUUUUUGUGACAAAGUUGAAACUUCGAUGGAAUUACAUUGCACAUUGAUUUUUAUUUGGUACAUGAAAAGUACAUUUUGUGUAAUCACACACUGUUUUUAUCUGCAACAAGUCCUUUUGGUGGAAACACACCACUGGUGGGAAAAUUUGCAUAUUUUCUUUAUGCUGAUUUUAGAAUAUUUGCAUUAAACUCUGUUGCCAAUUGGAUGGAAACCUAAUUUAUGAGAUAGAUUCCCAGUAUUAGAUUACUAAUGCUCCACAUAGCAUGUCUUUGGAUAUACAUAAAUAAAUCCGCAAGUAUGAGCUUGCGUUUGGGGGGACAUUGAUUUAGCUUCUUCCUACACUGUGACAGGGUUAAACCGUAAAUCCUACAACAGUAAUCUGCAGUCUGGAGUGUAGACACUGAGAUUGGGGGUCUCUGCCAUGCCAUGCUGGGAGGGGUGUGUGUGUGUGUGUGUGUGUGUGUGUCUGUAUGUGUGUGUGUGUGUGUGUGUGUAUGUGUGUGUGUGAUAUAGACAAACAGUCAAUGUAAAUCUUAUGUGUGCGUAGACUGUAUUUAGAUUUGAUUUUAGUUCCUAUCCUCACUGCUCUUUUAUCACAUUUGCCAUUUCCCCUAUCUCCCUAUCUCAUAUCUGUCACGAUGGGAGCAUGAUUUAAUAUCUACUGUUGUCUACAGUAAAUGAUGUUCGGUCUCUCUCUCUGUCAGAUAGCUUUUAUAUAGGUCAGACUGGCCGUGUCCGAAUACCCAUACUUGCGUCCUAAAUAAUAAGCCGUUUGGGUAUGCGAAAAAAUUAUGUUUAAGAGAAUGUGACAUUUCGAAAAUCUAGCAGCGCCGUAAAGUACCUAAGUAAAAAUACUUUAAAGUACUACUUUUUGGGGGUAUCUGUACUUUACUUUACUAUUUAUAUUUUUGACAACUUUUACUUUACUUCCACUACAUUCCUAAAGAAAAUAAUGUACUUUUUACCCCAUACAUUUUCCCUGACAGCCAAAAGUACUCAUUACAUUUUCCCACGGGGGGGCAGUAUGAAAAACAAUUUAUGCACUCACUAACUGUAAAGUCGCUCUGGAUAAGAGCGUCUGCUAAAUGACUAAAAUGUAAAUGUAAAAAUGAAUGCUUAGCAAGAAAGGAAAAUGGUCCAAUUCACGCACUUAUCAAGAGAACAUCCCUGGUCAUCCCUACUGCCUAUGAUCUGGCGGACUCAGUAAAUACUCAUUGCUUUGUUUGUAAAUUACGAGUUGGAGUGUUGGAGUGUGCCACUAGCUAUCCAUUUUUUUUUUUUUUUACAAAAAUUGUGCUGAAAUCUGAAAUCGAGUAUAAUUUAAAUGCCCGGAUGUCAUACCCUUUUCGGCUUUGACAACAGCUGAUCAAUUAGAUAUGGGGAUGUGCUACUGAAAUCAACGAAUAACGGGAAACAACGCAAUCGCGCAUGACGCAUUCUCAGUAUUGCGAAAAUAGAGUAUGUGAAUUUUUGAAAAUCUAGUAUGGUUUAAAUGCCAGGAUGUUAUACUCACUUCAGCUCUUCAUCUAGCAGGUGGGCUGCGAGUGAUAGGCCCUAGUUCUCUUCAAGUAGCCAAGCAACAAAACUAGGCUACUUAAAUGGGAAGAUGCCGAAUAGCUAAGCCUCUGCGUUGGUGUUCAAAUGUAGGUGUAGUAUCGAGUAAAUGCUGGCAAUUAUUGCUGAUAAACAAAGGAGUCCGCUCAUACUGAACCUUGAUCAUAAGUUUAUUCAUAUCACAAGCUUUCAGCAUGAGUUACAGGUGUCAUGCCCACCCGGAGAGCGACGCCCCAGAUUGCAAUGGUCGCUCUAACCUGUUCUUCGUUUUCCCCCCAGUAUAUAUAAUCUCCCCAAGAUGUGGGUGGCUCCCUCUACUGUCCAAUCCCCUGUCUACAACACACUUCCUGUCUGUUGUAUGUGGCGUUACACUAAAACAUUCCCUCUUGAUACUAAAAUAAAACGUCCUCUCCGAUUCCACUUAAAAACAUUAACAACGUCAUAAUCUUCAUAUACGACAUAGGCUAAGUAGUUUUUGUUCUCCUUAAAAUUAUCAUGAGUAUUGCAUUAUAGGCUGCAUCUUUGAAAACAGAUAUUUUUUUUGGGGGGGGGAUUUCUGUGUUCUCAUUGAAAAGUGUUUCUUUUUCUCUUGGCCUUCGUCAGAGCUUUUAAAUUAAAUACUAAACCAUCUUUUUAUUUCUGAAUGUGUCGGCACCGGGGUCUCAGGAUGUGGCUGCGUUAUUGAUGUCAUGUUAAUCAGGCCUUUUGAUUUUUAGUUUUGUAGGCUAAGCUACCUAUUUAAUUAUUUAAUGUAUGGAUCAAGCCUUAUAGCAGUCAUUCUGAUCUCGUUCCCAAUGAUCAGUGCUUUAGUUUAUUAUGUUGCUGUCCAGUGGUUCUGAAUUUGCGAUGCACCCGGCUGUCCACGCUUUUCUGUACAGUAGCGUUUUGAUUUGAACAUUUGAAAAGUUUUGGUGUGUGUACUAGGCUAUUUGAUUAAAUGUGUAUACAGUGCAUUCUGAAAUUAUUCAGACCCCUUGACUUUUUCCACAUUUUGUUACGUUACAGCCUUAUUCUAAAAUUGAUUAAAUUGUUUUUUUCCCCCUCAUCAAUCUACACACAAUACCCCAUAAUGACAAAGCAAAAACAGGAUUUUAGAAAUGCAUGCACAUUUAUUAAAAAUAAAUAAUGGAAAUAUAUGACAUUUACAUAAGUAUUCAGACCCUUUACUCAGUACUUUGUUGAAGCACCUUUGGCAGCGAUUACAGCUUUGAGUCUUCUUGGGUAUGACGCUACAAGCUUGGCACACCUGUAUUUUUAGAUUUUCUCCCAUUCUUCUCUGCAGAUCCUCUCAAGCUCUGUCAGGUUGGAUGGGGAGCGUUGCUGCACAGCUAUUUUCAGGUCUCUCCAGAGAUGUUCGAUCGGGUUCAAGUCCGGGCUCUGGCUGGGCCACUCAAGGACAUUCAGAGACUUGUCCCAAAGCCACUCCUGCGUUGUCUUGGCUGUGUGCUUAGGGUUGUUGUCCUGUUGGAAGGUGAACCUUCGCUCCAGUCUGAGAUCCUGAGCGCUCUGGAGCAAGUUUUCAUCAAGGAUCUCUCUAUACUUUGCUCCGUUCAGCUUUGCCGCGAUCCUGACUAGUGUCCCAGUACCUGCCGCCGAAAAACAUCCCCACAGCAUGAUGCUGCCACCACCAUGCUUCAAUGUAGGGAUGGUGCCAGGUUUCCUCCAGAUGUGAUGCUUGGCAUUCAGGCCAAAGAGUUCAAUCUUGGUUUCAUCAGACCAGAGAAUCUUGUUUCUCAUGGUCUGAGAGUCUUUAAGUGCCUUUUGGCAAACUCCAAGCGGGCUGUCAUGUGCCUUUUACUGAGGUGUGGCUUCCGUCUGGCCACUCUACCAUAAAGGCCUGAUUGGUGGAGUGCUGCAGAGAUGGUUGUCCUUCUGGAAGUUUCUCCCAUCUCCACAGAGGAACUCUAGAGCUCUGUCAGAGUGACCAUCGGGUUCUUGGUCACCUCCCUGACCAAGGCCCUUCUCCCCCGAUUGCUCAGUUUGGCUGGGCGGCCAGCUCUAGGAAGAGUCUUGGUGGUUCCAAUCUUCUUCCAUUUAAGAAUGAUGGAGGCCGCUGUGUUCUUGGGGACCUUCAAUGCUGCAGACAUUUUUUGGUACCCUUCCACAGAUCUGUGCCUCGACACAAUCCUGUCUCGGAGCUCUACGGACAAUUCUUUCAACCUCAUGGCUUGGUUUGUGCUCUGGCAUACACUGUCAACUGUGGGACCUUAUAUAGACAGCUGUGUGCCUUUACAAAUCAUGUCCAAUCAAUUGAAUUUAUAAAACAAGUUGUAGAAACAGGAUGCGCCUGAGUUCAAUUUCGAGUCUCAUAGCAAAGGGUCUGAAUACUUAUGUAAAAAGGUAUUUCUGUUAUUUAUUUUUAAUAAAUUAACAAAAAAAUCUACAGACCUGUUUUUUCGCUUUGUCAUUAUGGGGUAUUGUGUGUAGAUUGCUGAGGAAAUGUUUUUAUCUAAUCCAUUUUAGAAUAAGGCUGUAACGUAACAAAAUUUGGAAAAAGUCAAGGGGUCUGAAAACUUUCCGAAGGCACUGUUACAGCACCUUGGUUUCACUAAUAAAUAUGUUGAAAUGGAACCAAAUUAUCUGUUUCUGUCUUCAGUCCUUUUUAAAUGGGAUAUUUUAUAUUUUAUUUAAUUUAAUUUAAUUUAUUUUAAUUUAAUUUAAUUUUAAUUUAAUUUUAUUUAAUAUUUAAUAUGCCAUUUAGCAGACGCUUUUAUCCAAAGCGACUUACAGUCGUGCGUGCAUACAUUUUUUUGUGUAUGGGUGGUCCCGUGGUUCGAACCCACUACCUUGGCGUUACAAGCGCCGUGCUCUACCAGCUGAGCUACAGAUGGGCUAUAUGGGCUAUAUUUUACAUUUUAGUCAUUUAGCAGACGCUUUUAUCCAGAGCGACUUCCAAUUAGUGAGUGCAUACAUUUUUCAUACUGGCAUGGGUCGAAUGUGAUAGUCUACCUAUAACCAGCCUGAGUAGGCCUAUAUCGCCAUUUCUAUUCAGAGUUUAGAGAAAUUAAUCAAAUUGGAAAUGAGUUAUUAUCAGGCUGGCAUGUCUGUUGAAUUUGGAAUAAUCCACCCGCACUCAGCCCCGCCCCACCUACUCAGCCAGUCAGGGGCCGCUACUGCGUUGCAACCAUCACAUACCUUUUACUAAACGGUACGUGCUAAAUAGUAUGCGAUGAUGAGUACAUAGUAUGCAGUUUAAGUAUGUAGAACGCUAGUAUGGGUAUUGGGACACGGCCACUGUUUUCUUCCGCACUACACCCUGUAUAUCUCACUCCUUCUUUACACUGUAUGAAUGGCCUUUCUUUGUCAUAUUGUUCAAGCAGUGUCCCUCUAUUUACUGUCAAACCACUAUCUCCCCUCUUCCCCUUUACACAGUCUAAGGACCCCAGUCUGAUAUGAAGUGCUGUAUUAUGUAUAAACUGCCUACUAGACCCCCUCUCUAGACCUGUCUCAGAUAUAGAAACAUGAAUUAUGUGUACGGUACUGCUCAGUCUCUGACCUCUCCCAACUGGAGCUUCUACAGCUUAUCCUUGUUAUGGAGACCUUUCCCACCCCAUAUUGUUCACACAGACUGUGUCCCUCCUCCAUACCACACUCCCAGUGUAAUAUGAUAACCUUUAAUGCUCAGACUGCUCUCCUCUGUAAUAUACCCUCUGAUAUGGAUGCUAUGAUGAAUGCCCAGACCCUCUCUCUCUAUGAUAUACCCUGCCCCCGCACUCCAUAGAGAGAGCUCUGCGUAGAGCACGAGCGAGAUGCGAGUAGGGAGCGAGACGCGAGACGUGCGAGCGAGAAGCUCUCGGCGCGCGAGCAGACGAGCGAGCGCGCUACGAGAGCGGAUUAUCGCACUCUCGAGCGACCUCCCUCUCUCUUCUCUCUCUUCUUUCUCUCUACCCUCUCUCUCCUCUACCCUCUCUCUUCUACCCUCUCUCUCUUCUAUACCCUCUCUCUCUCUACCCUUUGCUGGGUGUAAUCCCCAGUGCUGUCUGUGUAUAGGUGAUAGAUCUGUCCUCUCAGCCCGUCGUAGAGCAGCCAGGGUUAUCUCACAGCUAGAGUCUUUAUCGCUCGCCUCACACUCGAUGAGACAUCCCCCUUUCACUCAGCCAUACUAUAUACCUCCUCUAACUGCAUGCAAUCUCUCUCUGUGUACCUCUCUUUUGCUCUCUCUCGCUCUCCUUUUUUCACACGCUCACUCAAGUCUGCGUACAGGGGAUCACCGGUUAGUACCAGCUUAUUUGAUGUUUUCAUGAAAGUUAUUAUGAAUUAUAUUACACUUGGGUAUUGUGUUGAUAGUCCGUAUCCAUAUUUUAAUAUAUUGUCUUUACCAGAUUACCAUUACUAGAUUGAGUGAAUUUGUGCAUAUGUGUUCCAUAUGUAUUAGAACGGAUAUGAUUUCUGAUAAGCGAUAUCCUACAGUAUAAUGCUAGAUAUUGUAUGUUUUGAUACAGAUCAAGCUAGUCAACAUCAACUCGACUGACAUUGUCGAUGGAAGACCAUCUAUCGUACUGGGGUUGAUUUGGACAAUAAUCCUCUAUUUCCAGGUAUAGUGCCUCUGUGGUGGGUGGGUGUCAUCCCACUACAGAUAAUGUACCGCUAUUGCACAAUUACACAAUAAAGGCAAUGGUGUUUCAUUUUGUGAGUCAGCCAUGCUCUGUCUUCUUGGCCAAAAAAUCUGUGCUUUCACUAUAGAAAAAUAGUGUCUGUAUUCCUGAAAAAUCCUUGACGAAUUAAAGGAAAUAACCACUGUGUCAUUAUGUUUCCCCCUCCCCCUCUCUCUCUCUUUCUCUCUCUCUCUCUCUCUCUCUCUCUCUCUCUCUCUCUCUCUCUCUCUCUCUCUCUCUCUCUCUCUCUCUCUCCCCUCGUGCAGAUAGAGGAGUUGACCAGUAACCUGCCGGCGCUCCAGGCCCUCUCUAGCAGCACCUCCUCAGUGGACAGCUCAGACACCACCAGCCCGCCUGUCAAGAGGAGGCCCCUCCCCCCGCUGCAGGGUGGGGCCAGGAAGGCCCUACUCAGAUGGGUCCAGCAGACCGCCACCAAGUACGGGACUACAGCCACUGUACCAACUGCAAUAUAACAUGAUGAUACUUAUGAUAUUACUAACUACAAUAACACUUCUAUUACCAGUGCUAGUCGUGGUUGUAGUGAUAGCUACUGAUAGUGAUAUUACAAUAGCUAAUAAUAAUUGAUGGUGUUAUUGAUGUAAUGCUGUAUUUGUCCUGUCUGUCUCUUCAGGCAUCUGGGGAUCGACGUGAAAGACUUUGGGCCGAGCUGGCGUACAGGUGUGGCAUUCUUUGCAGUCAUCCUCUCUCUUCGACCCCACCUGGUCGAUAUGGAGCGUGUGCGUAGGAGAACCAAUCGAGAGAACCUGCAGGAAGCCUUCUCAUUGGCCGAGACUGAGCUGGGCAUUCCGCAGCUACUAGACCCAGAAGGUAAACCACAGCCAGAGAGGUCAUUUCCUGUUUGGCAAAUGAAUGUGGGUCGUUCCACGAAAUGAGCGCCUUUUGCGUUCCUUUAAAAUGCUAAGUAGAAAUUGUGCACAAACAUUGAAAAAGCCUGUUAUAUUAAAUUAAGUGCCCUUUAAUAUAGAACACAUGGACAAUUCAAUAAAUCCGUUUUUUUUUUAUAUGAAUAAAGACUUGCUAAAGUGCCAAAAUUCAGCAUUUUGACAUGUCUGUCUGUGCAUCCUAUGUGACUUCUAGGAAGAUAUUAACCCACUUAAUCCCAACAUUUAUCCAAGUUCACCAUCAUUGUAAAGUUAUUUUGUUGCUUUGACAAAGCCAUUUCUAUAGAUUACUGUUUAUUUCAUGUGAUUAGUGAUUCAUUUUAAGGUUAAAAAAAACUGUCCCUCAUUUUAAGGUAAACCCUGUUAUGUAAACUGAACUGUCUUUUUAAUAUGGUGAAACAAUUUUUUAGAAGCAUUGAACAUCUAAUAGUAAAAUCAUAGUGUAAAAGCAGGUGAGCUGGAUCUACUAUUUUUGGCAAUUUUCUGGUGUUUUGUUAUGAAAAUCUGAGCGGGUUGAGCAUAACACGUCAACCCUGUUACCCAUAGAUAGACAGGCUAGAAAUGUUUUAACAAUAAAACAUUUUUUGUGAAGCUUGCAUUCAAUUCCCCCUCCCUGUUUCACACAACAAGCUUCCAUUCCCCCUGUCACAAGGGGAUUUAUGGAUGACUUAAGAUGAAGUCAUCAACCCUGUUACGGUAAACCCUGUUACGGUCAACGCUGUUACUUUAUUUGGCACCUACUAGGCACUUACUAUAGUCAUUUUUUAUUUUACCUCUUGAGAUGGGAAAACAUGUUUUUUAUUAAGUUGAGCAUGUGCUCUUUAUGACAGAAUGUUAAAAUGAGGUGAAAUUAAACGUUUUUUACACUACUCAAAAGGCCUAAUUGAUAGAACGAGCCAGGUACACUGAACAAACUAACCAAAAGUCUAGAAAACUUCUGGUUAGAAAACUUCAAGUCCAAUAUAGAGCUUUUCUGGAUCUUUACAAACCUGAAGCUGAUAUGUCAGUCACGUUCCAUGUCAAUACAAAGAUUCACUAUGCUUUCACUAUGGCAAAAUAGUGUACAUUCCUGCCUGUGUAUCAGAUAAAUCCCUCUAGAGUGAAUCCUCUAAACAGCAUCUGUGCUCCUUCACGCCUGCCCCUCAGAAUGAGCUCUGACAAAUCCAGUUUGACAUCGCCAUAAUUAAGGGCCAUUAGGGCGAGAGGAGUCAGCGCCAGAGAGACCAUCCAGCAGCUCACCAUAAUACCAUAUAAACCUGAUAUGAAGGGCAGUUUGAUCCAAGGUGGCACGCCUUCCCUUCAUCUCUGUCUGAGGUUUCUGGCAGCGAUAGAGAGGCUUUCUUCUGCUUGAUUACAAAGAUCAGGGAUGGCUAAUCUCAGUAGUCUGUUGUUGGUAUAGCUGAAGUUAAAUAGUGAUGUAUGAUUAGCUUUUUCCAGAUUAGAUGUCAUUAAGAAUGAGUGGUUUUGUGGUGACUAGACUGACCAAUAUCCUUUCAUCUUUCUCCCCAGAUGUGGAUGUUGACAAACCUGAUGAGAAGUCCAUCAUGACGUACGUGGCCCAGUUUCUGAAGCACCACCCCAACCCUGGUCACCAGCAGCACAGUGACUCAGACUCCCAGCCAGAGGAAGAGGUAGCAAGCCCUGUCCCUCUCCCCACCUCUCCCUCUCGCUCAAUCUUCACAGCCAUGUCUCUUCCUAUGUUUUAUUUCUCUCCGUUAUUUACGUUAUUUGCCGCUACCUAGGCGGCAGGUAGCUUAGUGGGUAAGAGCGUUGUGCCAGUUACCGAAAGGUCGCUGGUUCUAAUCCCCGAGCCGACUAGGUGAAAAAAUAAUCUGUCGAUGUGCCCUUAAGCAAGGCACUUAACCCUAAUUGCUCCUGUAAGUCGCUCUGGAUAAGAGCGUCUGCUAAAUGACAAAAAUGUAAAUGUAUUGUCCUCUAUUCCAGAGUUAUCUCAGACCUGCAGGUAGACUUGUGUUGUGUGCUGUCUCUGUAAACCCUUACCCCUAGCACUGACACAAACUACCCAACCUUUCCUUAUUGUCACCGCUCACAUUCUCUUACUCCUUAGUGAUGUGAUGUAAUGUCUUCUUGCCUGUUGUUGAUCAAUCACUUCUUUGCACAUCUCUCUCUUCUUCUUUUUCUCAUUCUCUCUCUCCACUGUGGUGUUGUCUGUGUGGUCACUUCAUCCCUGUGGUUGUUGUGCCUGACUCUAUUCCACAGCAUGGUCUUGCUCCUCGAGAUAUUGAGGAGAUGUUGGAGGUAGGUUCAGUCUGUAGAAGUAGUAGUAGCCUCAUUCCGGUUCACUGUGCAGGUUCUCCAUCAAACGUUCCAAAAGAACAUACUUAGAAUGUUUGUAAUUCCUCGCUGGAACACACACUGCUUCUAGCCUGGUUGCCAGCCUGUUUUUGCUUCAGCCAACUCUGUCAGUGGUUUGCAUGACAACAACAAAGAAGGCAGCUACAGCAGAGACAGACUGGCACCCAGGCUACGUUGUUUCUAUAUACUUUAAACAUUCACCAUUCCAUUUUAUUGUUGUAAUCACCAGCUCUACCUCUAUAUUCUGGUGGAAUUAGCAGUGUUUUAUGUGGUAAAGGAAUUCAUUUUUUUUUUCUCAUCUUACCUGAGGUGAAAUCCCAGCAGGAUAAUUUCCUGGUGAUAGUCCCAUUAUUAUAUGAUAUGAUAUUACCAUUAUAUUAGCAUUAGUGCUAACAGCUACGUUGCAUUAGCAUGACAAUGGCCGCAGCUGGCUAGGGCUAGGCAGUGAGCCCUUAUAUUGGCGGAUGGUUUGAUGGAAAGCCUUGGGUUUUGAAUGAAUAGUGGUUGGGUUUUGUAAGGUUACAGUUACCGCUUCUAGUGGAUUGGACAUUAAGCCUCUCUAACUAUGCCGCUUUUGCAUUAGUGUACGAUUUAGAAAUUUCCUGACCUUGAUUAUAGCCACUGGUUAAUACUAUCAACCGCACUGACAAAGAUUUGUAACACUUUGUGUUGUUUAUCUACAUUCAGUAUUAUUAUUAUUUUUUAAUGAAAUAAAGAAAGAAGUUAUGAUAUGGAAGUGCUGAUUUCAGGGACAAUACACUUGGCUAUAACAGUGAACUUUAGCCAGCUUAUAAUAUGAUUUGUCCACCCUGUAGAGUGUUUAGGGGAAAACACUCAGACUGCCAUUCAGAGAAGAUAAUAUGUUCCCUUAGCAGGGGAUUCCAAUCCCCAUCUGUAAUUUGAAUAAAGAAUAAAGCCUUACAAUGGGAUGGCUGAGCAGAAUAGACUGAUGAAAAUAGAAUGGACUGAAACUGAAUAGGGAGUGUUAAAAUUGAAUGGACUGUUGAACUAACUAACUUGUCAUUAUACAGUUCCUUCAGAAAGUAUUCACACCCCUUGACUUUUUCCACAUUUUGUUGUGUUACAGCCUAAAUUGGAUUAAAUUGAGAUGUUGUGUCACUGGCCUACAUACAAUACCCCAUAAUGUCAAAGUGGAAUUAUGUUUUUCCUAAUUUGUACAAAUUAAUUACAAAUUAAAUGCUGAAAUGUCUUGUGUCAAUAAGUAUUCAACCCCUUUGUUAUGGCAAACCUACAAAUAAGUUCAGGAGUAAAAAUGUGCUUAACAAGUCACAUAAUAAGUUGCAUGGACUCACUCUGUGUGCAAUAACAGUGUUUAUCAUGAUUUUUGAAGGACUACCUCAUCUCUGUACCCCACACAUACAAUUAUCUGUAGGGUCCCUCAGUCGAGCAGUGCAUUUCAAACACAUAUUCAACCACAAAGACCAGGGAGAUUUUCCAAUGCCUCGCAAUGAAGGGCACCUAUUCAAGCAGACAUUGAAUAUCCCUUUGAGCAUGGUGAAGUUAUUAAUUACACUGUGGAUGGUUUAUCAAUACACCUAGUCACUACAAAGAUACACACUCUUGGAAAAAAGGAUUCCAAAAGGGUUAUUCGGCUGUCCCGAAAGGAUAACAAUUUUUGGUUCCAGAUAGAACCCUUUUUGGUUCCAGGUAGAACUCUUUUGGGUUCCAUGUAGAUCCAUCUGUGUAAAGGGUUCUACAUGGAACUCAAAGGGUUCUACCUGGAACCAAAAAAAGUUAUUCCAAGGGUUCUCCUAUGGGGACAGCCGAAGAACACUUUUAGGUUCUAGAUAGCAACUUUUUUUCUAAGAGUGCAGGCGUCCUUCCAAACUCAGUUGCCGGAGAAGAAGAAAACUGCUCAGGGAUUUCACCAUGAGGCCAAUGGUGACUUUAAAACAGUUACAGAGUUUAAUGGCUGUGAAAGGAGAACAGGAUGGAUCAACAACAUUGUAGUUACUCCACAAUACUAACCUAAAUGACAGAGUGAAAAGAAGAAAGCCUGUACAGAAUAAAUACAGAAAAUAUUCCAAAACAUGCAUCCUGGCACUAAAGUAAAACUGCAAAAAAUGUGGCAAAGAAAUUAACUUUAUGUCCUGAAUACAACGCAUUAUGUUUGGGACAAAUCCAACACAACACAUCACUGAAUACCACUCUUCAUAUCUGCAAGCAUGGUGGUGGCUGCAUCAUGUUAUGGGUAUGCUUGUCAUCAGCAAGGACUGGGGAGUUUUUUAGGAUAAAAUGAAACGGAAUAGAACUAAGCACAGGCAAAAUCCAAGCGGAAAACCUGGUUCAGUCUGCUUUCCAACAGACACUGGGAGACAAAUUCACCUUUCAGCAGGACAAUAACCUGGCCAAAUAUACACUGAAGUCAGUCUGCUUUCCAACAGACAGUUACCAAGAUGACAUUGAAUGGUCCUGAGUGGUCUAGUUACAGUUUUGACAUAAAUUGGCUUGAAAAUCUAUGGCAAGACUUGAAAAUUGCUGUCUAGCAAUGAUCAACAACCAACUUGACAUACAGUGGGGAAAAAAAGUAUUUAGUCUGCCACCAAUUGUGCAAGUUCUCCCACUUAAAAGGAUGAGAGAGGCCUGUAAUUUUCAUCAUAGGUACACGUCAACUAUGACAGACAAAAUGAGAGAAAAAAAAUCCAGAAAAUCACAUUGUAGGAUUUUUAAUGAAUUUAUUUGCAAAUUAUGGUGGAAAAUAAGUAUUUGGUCAAUAACAAAAGUUUCUCAAUACUUUGUUAUAUACCCUUUGUUGGCAAUGACACAGGUCAAAUGUUUUCUGUAAGUCUUCACAAGGUUUUCACACACUGUUGCUGGUAUUUUGGCCCAUUCCUCCAUGCAGAUCUCCUCUAGAGCAGUGAUGUUUUGGGGCUGUCGCUGGGCAACACGGACUUUCAACUCCCUCCAAAUAUUUUCUAUGGGGUUGAGAUCUGGAGACUGGCUAGGCCACUCCAGGACCUUGAAAUGCUUCUUACGAAGCCACUCCUUCGUUGCCCGGGCAGUGUGUUUGGGAUCAUUGUCAUGCUGAAAGACCCAGCCACGUUUCAUCUUCAAUGCCCUUGCUGAUGGAAGGAGGUUUUCAUUCAAAAUCUCACGAUACAUGGCCCCAUUCAUUCUUUCCUUUACACGGAUCAGUCGUCCUGGUCCCUUUGCAGAAAAACAGCCCCAAAGCAUGAUGUUUCCACCCCCAUGCUUCACAGUAGGUAUGGUGUUCUUUGGAUGCAACUCAGCAUUCUUUGUCCUCCAAACACGACGAGUUGAGUUUUUACCAAAAAGUUCUAUUUUGGUUUCAUCUGACCAUUUGACAUUCUCCCAAUCCUCUUCUGGAUCAUCCAAAUGCACUCUAGCAAACUUCAGACGGGCCUGGACAUGUACUGGCUUAAGCAGGGGGACACGUCUGGCACUGCAGGAUUUGAGUCCCUGGCGGCAUAGUGUGUUACUGAUGGUAGACUUUGUUACUUUGGUCCCAGCUCUCUGCAGGUCAUUCACUAGGUCCCCCCGUGUGGUUCUGGGAUUUUUGCUCACCGUUCUUGUGAUCAUUUUGACCCCACGGGGUGAGAUCUUGCGUGGAGCCCCAGAUCGAGGGAGAUUAUCAGUGGUCUUGUAUGUCUUCCAUUUCCUAAUAAUUGCUCCCACAGUUGAUUUCUUCAAACCAAGCUGCUUACCUAUUGCAGAUUCAGUCUUCCCAGCCUGGUGCAGGUCUACAAUUUUGUUUCUGGUGUCCUUUGACAGCUCUUUGGUCUUGGCCAUAGUGGAGUUUGGAGUGUGACUGUUUGAGGUUGUGGACAGGUGUCUUUUAUACUGAUAACAAGUUCAAACAGGUGCCAUUAAUACAGGUAACGAGUGGAGGACAGAGGAGCCUCUUAAAGAAGAAGUUGCAGGUCUGUGAGAGCCAGAAAUCUUGCUUUUUUGUAGGUGACCAAAUACUUAUUUUCCACCAUAAUUUGCAAAUAAAUUCAUAAAAAAUCCUACAAUGUGAUUUUCUGGAUUUUUUUUCUCAAUUUGUCUGUCAUAGUUGACGUGUACCUAUGAUGAAAAUUACAGGCCUCUCUCAUCUUUUUAAGUGGGAGAACUUGCACAAUUGGUGGCUGACUAAAUACUUUUUUCCCCCACUGUAGCUUGAAUCAUUUUUUAAAGAAUAAUGUGCAAAUAUUGUUCAAUCCAGGUGUGCAAAGCUCUUAGUGUCAUGCCCUGGCUCUGGGGACUAUUAAAUGUUGAGCCAGGGUGUGGAUUUUCUAUUGUUUAGUUUUCUAGGUUUGUGUGCUAGUUCGUGUAUAUCUAUGUUGGCCAGGGUGGUUCCCAAUCAGAGGCAGCUGUAUCUUGUUGUCUCUGAUUGGGGACCAUACUUAGGCAGCCUGUUUGGCACAGUUUAUUGUGGGAUCUUGUUCCGGAAGGUUUGUGUUCAACCCAGGACUUCACGUAUCGUUUGUUUUGUUGUUUUGGUUCGUGUUGUGUACUGCAAUAAAAUAAUGUACGCAUAUCACGCUGCGCCUUGGUCCGCUUCAUCUAACAACGAUCGUGACACUUAGAGACUUAGCCAGAAAGACUCACAUCUGUAAUUGCUGCCAAAGGGGAUUCUAACUCAGGGGUGUAUUUCAUUUUCAAUAAAUUAGCAAACAUUUCUAAAAUGUCAUUAUGGGCUAUUGUGUGUAUAUUUUGAAUUCAGGCUAUAACACAACAAAAUGUGGAAUAAGUCAAGGGGUAUGAAUAGUUUCUGAAGGCACUGUAAGUAUUCAUAACAAAUCCAAUGAAAUAUUAGUAGCAGUGUUUAAAGUGAAUUGGCUGAAUUAAAAGUCUGUUUUUGGCAGCUGUGAGUCUAAAGAAUUUGCCCUGCUGGGCAACAUGAAGGAUUAACUCCCAUGUUUCCAUUCUGCCCUCUCUUCUCCCCAUCCCUCUUACUCCUUCAUCCCUCUCUUCCCUUGUUAUCCUUCUACCUACCAUCUCUCCCUCUAUUCCUGCGUUGCAUUCUCACUUCCACUUUCACUCUUUCUUUCCUUUCCCUUUCCAUAUAUUCCCCUUCCUCCCUCCUUGUAUUCUAUCCCACAUUCCCUGCUUCCUUUUUUACUUUAAUUUGUCCCUUCCUCCCUCCUCCCUCCUCUCCCCGGCCACCCAGAGAGAGCAGCGUAAGGGCCUGAGGGAGCUGAAGACCUGGCUGGAUCAGCUGGAGCUAGACGCAGCACGUACUCAGGAGACCAAGGGCAACCUCAGCCAGCAGUAUCAGGUGAUCUAGAACACACACACACACAUACUGGGCACAGACGCUCCCAUUAUCAGGCUAAUCAGUGGUAUUACACUGCAGGGAUCAGACUGCUGCCGCCGUAUUUCCACCCAAUCUGGCAUAUACAGUACCAAAGCCCCAGGAUACAUUACAUAUUCAACACAUUGUGGGAUUUCCUUAUUUCCUCUUUCUAUUAUGCAUGUUUUUGACAGAUUCCAUGAAUGUAUGAUCUGUGAAAGAGGGAGAAGUGUGUGUGUGUGUGUUCCAGGUAGUAUAUUUUACAGUAUGUGUACUGUAUGUGUGUGUGGGGGAUAUAACUAGGACCCAAAGGUUUUCCUUGUCAGGCCAAAUGAUCAGAAAAUACUCAGAGUUCUAUCUGUAACCAUUCCAUCUGUCGUUCCCCCCCUCUCGCUCUCUUCCCCCCCCCCCCCCCCCCCCCCCCCCCCUCUCUCUCUCUCAAUUUCUCUUCAUCAGUCCUUUAAGAGUGUACGUGUCCAGUUGGAGAUGAGGAGGAAGCAGGUGGAGGCAGCAGUCCUGUCCACUCAGAAGGAUGGGAUGUUGACCGUGGACCAGGCUCUGGUCAAACAGGCCUGGGACAGAGUGUCCAACAGGGUAAGAGUCUGGGACGGGACCUCUUUUACUGUUAUGGAGUAGAGUAGGGUAGAGUAGGGUAGGGUAGAGUAGAGUAGAGUAGAGUAGGGUAGGGUAGAGUAGAGUAGGGUAGGGUAGAGUAGAGUAGAGUAGAGUAGAGUAGGGUAGGGUAGGGUAGAGUAGAGUAGGGUAGGGUAGAGUAGAGUAGAGUAGAGUAGAGUAGAGUAGAGUAGGGUAGGGUAGGGUAGAGUAGAGUAGGGUAGGGUAGAGUAGAGUAGGGUAGGGUAGAGUAGAGUAGAGUAGAGUAGAGUAGAGUAGGGUAGGGUAGGGUAGAGUAGAGUAGAGUAGGGUAGGGUAGAGUAGAGUAGGGUAGGUAGAGUAGAGUGGGCAGGGCAGGGCAGGGCAGGGCAGGGCAGGGCAGGGCAGGGCAGGGCAGGGCAGGGCAGGGCAGGGUCGGGUAGAGUAGAGUAGGGUAGAGUAUAGUAUAGUAUAGUAUAGUAGGGUAGGAUAGAGUUUUUUUUACCCCAUAUGUAACUCUGUUGUUUUUAUUGCACUGCUUUGCUUUAUCUUGGCCAGGUCGCAGUUGUAAAUGAGAACCUGUUCUCAACUGGCUUACCUGGUUAAAUAAAGGUGAAAUAAUUUUUUUUUUAAAAUUAAAAUAAAUAGUAGGGUAGAGUAGAGUAGGGUAGAGUAGGGCAGGGCAGGGCAGGGCAGGGUAGGGUAGGGUAGGGUAGGGUAUAGUAGAGUAGAGUAGAGUUGGGUAGGGUAGGGUAGAGUAAAGUAGGGUAGAGUAGAGUAGAGUAGAGUAGAGUAGAGUAGGGUAGAGUAGAGUAGGGUAGAGUAGAGUAGAGUAGGGUAUAGUAGAGUAGAGUAGAGUAGAGUAGAGUAGAGUAGAGUAGAGUAGGGUAGAGUAUAGUAGGGUAGAGUAGAGUAGAGUAGGGUAGAGCAGGGUAGGGUAGGGUAGAAUAGAAUAGGGUAGAGUAGAGUAGAGUAGAGUAGAGUAGGGUAGAGUAGAGUAGAGUAGGGUAGAGGAUAGUAGGGUAGAGUAGAGUAGGGUAGAGUAGGGUAGGGUAGAGUAGAGUAGAGUUGGGUAGGGUAGGGUAGAGUAGAGUAGAGUUGGGUAGGGUAGAGUUAAGUAGAGUUGGGUAGGGUAGAGUAUAGUAGUGUAGGGUAGAGUAGUGUAGUGUAGGGUAGAGUAGGGUAUGGUAGGGUAGGGUAGGGUAGGGUAGGGUAGGGUAGGGUAGGGUAUAGUAGAGUAGAGUAGAGUUGGGUAGAGUAGAGUAGAGUAGGGCAGGGCAGGGCAGGGCAGGGCAGGGUAGGGUAGGGUAGGGUAGGGUAGGGUAGGGUAGGGUAGGGUAGAGUAGAGUAGAGUAGAGUAGAGUAGAGUAGAGUAGUAGAGUAGAGUAGAGUAGAGUAGAGUUGGGUAGAGUAGAGUAGGGUAGGGUAGGGUAGAGUAGAGUAGGGUAGGGUAGAGUAGAGUAGAGUUGGGUAGAGUAGAGUAGGGUAGGGCAGGGUAGAGUAGGGUAGGGUAGGGUAGAGUAGAGUAGAGUUGGGUAGAGUAGAGUAGAGUUGGGUAGGGUAGAGUAUAGUAUAGUAUAGUAGGGUAGGGUAGGGUAGAGUAGAGUAGGGUAGGGUAGUAGAGUAGAGUAGAGUUGGGUAGAGUAGAGUAGGGUAGGGCAGGGUAGAGUAGGGUAGGGUAGGGUAGAGUAUAGUAGUGUAGAGUAGAGUAGAGUAGAGUAGAGUAGAGUAGAGUAGAGUAGAGUAGAGUAGAGUAGGGUAGGGUAGAGUAGAGUAGAGCAGAGCAGAGCAGGGUAGGGUAGGGUAGGGUAGGGUAGAGUUGGGUAGAGUUGGGUAGGGUAGAGUAGAGUAGAGCAGGGCAGAGCAGGGUAGGGUAGGGUAGGGUAGGGUAGGGUAGGGUAGGGUAGAGUUGGGUAGGGUAGAGUAGAGUAGAGUUGGGUAGGGUAGAGUAUAGUAUAGUAUAGUAGGGUAGGGUAGGGUAGGGUAGGGUAGGGUAGGGUAGGGUAGGGUAGGGUAGGGUAGGGUAGAGUAGAGUUGGGUAGGGUAGAGUAGAGUAGAGUAGAAUAGAGUUGGGUAGGGUAGAGUAUAGUAUAGUAUAGUAGGGUAGGGUAGGGUAGGGUAGGGUAGGGUAGGGUAGGGUAGGGUAAAGUAGAGUAGGGUUGAGUAGAGUAGGGUAGAGUAGGGUAGGGUAGAGUAGGGUAGAGUAGAGUAGGGUAGGGAAGAGUAUAGUAGAGUAGGGUAGGGUAGGGUAGGGUAGGGUAGGGUAGGGUAGAGUUGGGUAGGGUAGAGUAGAGUAGAGUAGAGUAGAGUAGAGUAGAGUUGGGUAGGGUAGAGUAUAGUAUAGUAUAGUAGGGUAGGGUAGGGUAGGGUAGGGUAAAGUAGAGUAGGGUUGAGUAGAGUAGGGUAGGGUAGGGUAGGGUAGGGUAGAGUAGGGUAGGGUAGAGUAGGGUAGAGUAGAGUAGGGUAGGGAAGAGUAUAGUAGAGUAGGGUAGGGUAGGGUAGAGUAGAGUAGAGUAGAGUAGAGUAGAGUAGAGUAGAGCAGGGCAGUGUAGGGUAGGGUAGGAUAGAGUAGGGUAGGGUAGGGUAGGGUAGAGUAGAGUAGAGUAGAGUUGGGUAGGGUAGAUUAAAGUAGAGUAAAGUAGAGUAGAGUAGGGUAGGGUAGGGUAGGGUAGGGUAGGGUAGAGUAGAGUAGAGUGGGGUGUAUGCUGGUAUAGCCUAGCUCUCAAGGACACAAGCAAACAUAAAGAGAGGCCUAAUCAAAUACCUGACCACGUACUCAGUCAAAGCUCCAGUCAACCAAACAAUGAGCAGCAUAAUUUGAAGGCUCUUUAGCCGAAACAUUGAAAUAAAUCCACAACAGGAGAGAUGAGUGUGGGACUUUUUUUUUUCAUUUGUGCUGCACAAUUUCCCACCAGCAUUCAGACAGGCAGUGAGAGACAAAGUAACUUGAUCAAUAGCUCAUUGAUUAACAUUGUAACCUCCUCCCUACAGCUCCUAGAGUGGCACCUGCAGCUGGACAGGGCUCUGCCCGCCCCCCUGGGUGUGGUGGGGGAGUGGCUACACCAGGCUGAGGGGGCACUACGCCAGGAGGUCACUAUUCAACAGGCACCUGACGGGACAGCUAACACUGUCCACAUGACCCUGGAGCAACACAAGGUGGGCAAUUUGAGCAAGGUGACAAUGAGAAUCCAUUUAACAUACACACAUCCUUAUUAGGUCAGUUCUUAUGUACUGUACUAUCCUCUGCUUGUGUGUCUACAGGACAUGCUCAAAGGUCUUGAAGGUCACCAGCAGGUCUUCCAGAGGAUCCAUAAAGACAGAAGUGUCAACGGAGUCCCUGUCCCCCCAGAGCAGCUGCAGGACAUGGCAGAGAGGUGGGUCUAACUGUGGCUACCAAAUGGCUCAAGUUUCCCUGAACAACCAUUCAACACCCAAACCACUAUUAUUUAUUUACAGAACAUUGACCAGAUUACCAGCACUAACUUCGUUGGUUUAAGCUUGUCCUUGUCCAUUCAAUGCUCACAUGUUGACAAUUCAGUAUUUUGUCUUUAAGAAUGAACUUUGUAUCGACAUCGUCAAACAUUCACCUGGCCAAGAUGGAGUUCUGGGAGAAUAAGCACCAAAUGCAGGCGUUCCUGAUGCUGGCAGAGUCCAAGCUCAAAUCCUGGAUCAUCAAAUAUGGCCGACGACAAUCAGUAGAGUUAAUGUUACAGAACUAUGUUGUGAGUCCAACAAUAUACAGUAUUCCUCUCCUUUUAAAUGUCACCAAUAUUUCAUCUUACUUUCCCAUUAGUUUCAUGUGAAGCAUUUUGAAUGAAUAGGUAUCUAGGUUAGACAAAAAAUAUGUCCUGAAUGUUAUUCUAAUCAACCCCUGAUAAGGCUUUUGUUUCUCCUCUCUCAUUCAGUUGUUUGUUGAGGGACAGCAGUUCUUUGAGCAGUACGAGAUAUUGUUCCAGGCUCUGAAACAAUCUUCUGAGCUCUAUGUCAAGGCUGAUGGCACAGGUGAGUUUUUACAAGAUCAAGCUUAAUUUGGCAAGCUUUACCUCAUUAUCUCAUCCCUCUAUGUUUUCCUAUCUACACUACCUACCUGACAAGCAACUGUCUUUGUCUUUUCCCUUUUGAUUUAGGCAGUAUUUAUUGGCAAUUUUAGACCACUUAAUCUUAUCUGGACCCUGGGGCCUAAAUCUCCAUAUCUAGCCCACCACCAUUUCCAGUACUGAAUAUUUUACCUAUAUAUCACCUCUGAUCAAUUUCCCAAGAACGGCUCAAUAGCCAAUCACCCGCUAUCGUCCAGCAUCUCCCAGCAUAUUCUAUCCUCCCUGUCUUUUCUAGUGGUUUGUCCUCUCCAGGCUAAAGUCUAAAUGAGGUUUCUCUACUCUCAGCUCUCAGUGGGGAAUUCGACCCCAUUAGCCGAGCUGCUCUACUUUUGCUGUCUCUGGGCGCUAACAUGCUAGCUAGCUUGUUGAUUUCAUUCAGUUCUAGCCCUGCAGGCUUUAUAUUAGGGUAUGCAGGGGAGAAGAGCUGAGGUGUAUCUGACAAUCUGAAACGUGAUUGGUCGACCUCCGAAAAAUGAGGCUCCCCAUGAGUGAGUCCAGCCCCAGCUGGUGGUGGGUUUGCUGUGAUUUGAUUGGUCAGGUUCAGGCUCGUCUCCUGGUUAUUUCUGAAGGGUAGCUAGCCCUCAAAUGAUUGCAGAACGGGGGAUAUUAUAUGUUUUCUGCCAUUUGGAAUGAUUGCACUAGCUUGAUGUGCAGAUGUAAUUGGGUUUCUCAGUUCUAUAGACCACACCAGCAUUCUGUAGUCUUGAUGUGCAUAUGAAUGUACUGUGUGGAUUCCUUUUUCCUCUGAUUAUUGAUAUUCUAAAUUUAUAACCACUGUUUUCAUUCAAAUAGGUUUGCCAAGAGACCUUGUUUGAUCUCUCACUACCCUGUGUGUGUGCGUGCGUGCGUGUGUAUGUGUGAAUGUCUGUGUAUUUAUCCCAUAACUCUAUGUCUCCUCCUCUCCCAGUGGACGAAGGCGAGGCGGGGGUUAGGAGGUUCAUGCGGGAGGUGGUGACCCAGUGGAGGAGUCUGUCUGUGGAGGUGCGCAGUGUAAGGAGCAUGCUGGAUGAGGUGCUCUCUAACUGGGAGAGAUACAGCUGCGCUGUGGCCUCUCUACAGGUCUGGCUGGAGGAUGCAGAGGGAGCGCUCAGCCAGCCUGAAAACAUAAAACGGGUAUGUCUUACUGUAGACCCCCUCACUUGAUCCCCAUUCACCUGCUUAUAAACAUUGUAGAUUGAGGUAGGCCUCGCAUGUCACCAAUGAAACAACCACACCUUAACUUCUGCUUUUCUGAAAAUGGACCUGAGAAAACUGGUGAAAGCUCUUUUGGAGGGGGUCUUUAACCUUACCAUCUUCUGAUAUACCCAAUUCUGACACCCCAAUUUCAAAAGGAUUUAUUAGAUUUCAACAUCCAAAUCAUCCUCCAACCAACCAUCAAGAUUCCCUGCAACUUCCCCAUGUCACUGAGGACAUCCCAGCUGUCAGGUCACCAUGGAUACCCCAACUCACAGAUCACUGUAUAACCCUAAUAACUAAACCACUGAGGACAAGACAGAUAAUUACCCCAACCACUAAAUUAAUACCCAAUGUCAUUAAUGUCAUUACUCUCUCUGUACUUCAAUCUUUUUCCAUUCCUCCUCUCAUCUCUCUCGCUCUCGCUCUCGCUCUCGCUCUCGCUCUCUCUCUCUCUCUCUCUCUCUCUCUCUCUCUCUCUCUCCUCUCUCUCUCUCUCUCUCUCUCUCUCUCUCUCAUUCUUUCCCUCUCCCGCCCUCUCUCUUCCUCCAUCUCUCGUUCUCUCUCCCUCCACCCUCCCAUCUCCCUCCCUCCUUCCCUCCUUCUCUCUCUCAGGAGUUCUUCCGCAACCUUUCUCAGUGGAUGGAUCAGCACUCUGUGAUGAACGACGCAGGGAACUUCCUGAUCGAGACAUGUGACGAGAUUGUGUCACGUGACCUGAAACAGCAGCUUCUCUUGCUCAACGGGAGGUGGAGGGACCUGUUCGUCAAAGUCAAACAGGUGACGGAGACAUCACACACCUGAUCAUGGAGACACAGAACAAACUGAUCACAGUAUUAGACCUGUUGGACAUAAGCUAUGGGACACACAUGUAGGUAGUGGCACACAGAGAUAGUUAAGACCCAUCAGAGAUGCGGAUAAAUGAACACACCUGCCCUAUUGCCAUUGACACAGUUGACUGAACACAGCUGACGAAGACACACCUGUUACAGCCACAGCAGGUUAUAUUAAGUCUCAAACCAACACACUCUACCCCCUGUCUCUGUAGUACACCCGUGAAGAUGAGCUGGACAAGUGGAGGAGGGACCACCUGAGGGCCAUCUCUGCCCUGAGGGAGCUGCUGGACGGUGCAGAGGUGAAGCUCAACGCCCCUGUACAGGUCUCCUUCCUCAACAUCAGGUCUUUCUUACAGGAUGUGGAGGUAGGUCAUGAGUAGGCCGUGUAAUAUGCACGUACAGACUAUUAUCAUGUUGUCUGAGCAGUUUUUAUGAAGUAGCAUACAAACCUAUAUUUUAUUCUGUGGUCAGAAUGCUGUUUGCUUCUGUAAAGAUACUGUGCUAGAUAGCCUUCCAGUUUUCACAGUAAGCCACAGAGUAGUUCCAGUAAAUACUCCACAAACAUUGCUAAGGCAGGUAUGAUUGAAUCCAGCCCUUGUAAACACACAACUAAGAUGAGCUUUCUCCUUCUUUACUUUCACAUCUCCCACUCAGAACACCAAGAAAAAGGUUGUUGCCAUGGAGACACAGUACAAGUUGGCUGCCCGCAGUGCCCAGCUUCUGUCCAAGGAUGCCCCGCAGGAGGAGGGCGCCAAGGCCAUGGCUACCAUGACAACGGUCAAAGGUCAACUCAGUAAGGUUGGUAUCACCAGAGGGUAAAAAUAAUGUUUUAUUAAUCCUUUCCUGCCUCAAAUCUUCCAUCUGCCAGUGUCAGCUGCUGCAAUGUUUUGUACUGGGGUGCCUUUUUUAUACUGUUUUGUUCAUCACCUACAAACAAUGGACUAAAAUGAUCUUAAUGCCGCAUUUCCAUAGAGGAUUUAUUCCAGUGUUUUACCCAAAUGGCUCAGACUUUUCUGUUUAAUGCUACAAAAGUUUCAGCACUGUACUGGAUCUCUCUAGGAAUGAAUGACCUCCCUCUCUCUGAUCCCUCUGCUGCAUUCUAAUUAUGGACAAUAUUGAUUCUCAUGGAGCCUUGUUCCCUCUGUCUCUGUCCCAAGGUGAGGGAGAGGUGCCCUUCUCUGGUGAGGGAGUGCCAUGGACUGCUCCCUCUGCUGGAGGAGAUGGAGAAGCACAUCACAGGCUUCUACCAAGCUCUGGAGAGGGCCAACCGGAUCACUGCAGCAGGCAGAGACCCAGAGCCACAGGCUCAGGUCCAGGGACAACACAAACACAAGUGGCAGGUGAGCUAGGGGACUAGGGUGUGUGUGUGUGUCUGUGUGUCCUUUUCUCUGUGUAUAAAGAAAAGUGGUUGUGUAUAUGUUACAUAUUAGUUAUUUAGCAGAUGCUCUUAUCCUGAGCGACUUACAGUAGUGAGUGCAUACAUUUUCGGUACUGGUCCCCUGUGGGAAUCGAACCCACAAACCUGGUGUUGCAAGCGCCAUGCUCUACCAACUGAGCCACACGGGACUAUAUCCUACUCUGUGUGUUUAUAUAUCAACUGUACUCCCUCUGUCCCUCCAGGACCUCCUGAGCCAGCAGCAGAGCUGUAAGAUGUGUGUGUCUGUGAUUGAGAGGAACCUCCACUCCCUGCAGAGGGCGCUCUCCUCCAGCAAGGCCCUGAGGAACUUCGACCAGACCUUCCUGCAGAAGAGAGUGGCUGAGAUUCAGACCUCUGCACAGGUUAGCAUUACUGUACUCAGGUGUCAUAUAGGAACUACAUAUAGGAACUACAUUACCCAUGAUAUCGCGUAAUGUUGUCUGUGCCUAACAAUAUUUGUGCCAUGUUUGUGCUGCUACCAUGGUGUGCUGCUGCCAUGUUGUGUUGUCAUGUUAUGUUGCUGCCAUGUUGUGUUGUUGUCAUGUUGUUUUGCUACCAUGUUGUGUUGUCGUGUUGUGUUGCUGCCAUGUUGUGUUGUGUUGUUGUCAUGUUGUGUUGCUACCAUGUUGUGUAGCUACUAUGUUGUGUUGUCAUGUUGUGUUUCUGCCAUGUUGUGUUGUUGUCAUGUUGUGUUGUGUUGCUGCCAUGUUGUGUUGUUGUCAUGUUGUGUUGCUGCCAUGUUGUAUUGUUGUCAUGUUGUGUUGCUGCCAUGUUGUGUUGUUGUCAUGUUGUGUUGUCAUGUUGUGUUGCUGCCAUGUUGUGUUGUGUUGCUGCCAUGUUGUGUUGUUGUCAUGUUUUGUUGCUGCCAUGUUAUGUUGUUGUCAUGUUGUGUUGCUGCCAUGUUGUGUUGUUGUCAUUUUGUGUUGCUACCAUGUUGUGUUGUUGUCUUAGGUCUCUCUCUGUGUAGUUGUUUUGGUGUCUCUUUUGACAUGAUGUGCGUUUUGUCCCAGCCUCCAUCCCUAAAGGAGGCCUUUUGCCUCUUGCUAGGCCGUCAUUGUACUUGAGAAUUUGUUCUUAAUUGACUAAAGGUAAAAAAAAUAAAAAAAAUAAAAAGAUUUCAGACUCGGGAGCUCACAUUAACGGUUUUGAACACUGAAAAUAUCGUCAUUGACUUGAUCAAAGAUGAUUGACAGUUAGAGGUCACAUACAACUACAGUAACUACAUGACCCACGCAGCAUCACUACAUCUUUACCACCCUUUGUGCUCUCCCCUCCCAGGGUCUGUUGAAGGAGGUGGGGGAGUGGAGGAGGCAGGAGGAGGCCAACAGCACCAUGAGGAGGAGGUUUGAGGAGUCUCGUCAGGAGCUGGAGAGAGUGCUGAAGGUGGCAACCACCUGCCUGAGAGAGGGGGGAUACGCAGAGGAGCUGCUGAAAAAACACAGCGUAAGACUUGAAGAAAAACACCACUCAAUCAACAGUCAACUUCACUCAGUUUAGAUGAGUGGGAGGAAUCACUUUUAGAGAUUAAUUUGAGACUAUUGAGACUACUUGAAAUGAUUGAGAUAAUACAAUAAUAAAAUGAAAUAAUUUUUCGCUCCCCCUCUGACUUUUUUGUGUAUUCCGUUCAGGAGUUCUUUGGGCAGCUAGACCAGCGGGUCCUGAGUGUGUUCCUAAAGGCGUGUGACGAUCUGACAGACAUCCUGCCUGAGGUGGAGCAGCAGGCGCUACAGGACACCGUCAGGACACUGCACAAACAGUGGAAGGUCAGAGAGCAAAGUUUGAUCACUUUCAUACAUACGAUAGUAGUAAUACUGAUAAUGCAUUGCAUUUAUAUGGCACUUUUCAUUAAAGUCUUAAAGUGCUUUAUAAUAUUACAUGGGGGUACAAUAGCAUCCAUCUUGUAGAGCAUCCUUCUGGACUGCUGUUUCUUCAUCCUUGUGUAAUAUUAGGCAGUGUCCUUGUCUCUCUGUCUAUCUUGGAUGCUCUGAAAAACCAUGUCCAUUUAGUCUCCCUGUGUCCUUGUGCUUCUGCAGGACAUCCAGAUAGAGGCGCCGUUUCACCUGCAGCGUCUGAAGGUGGAGGCGGAACGAGGACGGGCAGGGGCCGUCCUACAGGAGUGCAGGGCAGAGCUGGCCAGAGAGAACCAAGCACUGACCACCACAGGCAGCGAGACAGUCAUCAGAGAACACAGGGUGAGAGAAGGAAGGAGAGAGAGUGAGGGAGGUAUUGAAGGAAGGAAGGAGAGAGAGUGAGGGAGGGAGGUAUUGAAGGAAGGAGGGAGAGAGGGGCAGGAAUGAGAUCACCCUAACCUCACCAUUAUAUGUGUCUAUCCUUAGACCUUCUUCAGGGAGAAAGCCCCUCUCAGUGUAUGUGAGAAGAGGAUAGGCAACAUGGAGGAGCUCUGUCAGACACUCCCUGACAACGACCCUGCUAGACGAACCCUGGACUCCACCAGGAGGGCCCUGGCAGAGGUCAAAGGCCAGAUAGAGGCCACCCACCUGAAGCUGCAGCAGCACUCCCAGUGGAGGGAGUGGAAUGACAGGUGAGAGGGGACAGAGAUAGACAUUUCUCCAAUGUCAUAUAUAUAUAUUUUUUUAAUUAUGCUGAUGUGAAGUACCGUACUUGUAAAGAAAUAAUAUGAUAAUGUAGAAUAAAAAAAUCCCCCUUGAUCCAGGUUCUCAGAGCUCUCUGAUUGGCUGUCGUCUCAGAGAAGCCAGGUGAGGCUCCUGAGGGAGAGAGCCAGAGAUCCCUCCCACCAAGAACAGGUGGAUACUACUGUCCAGGUGAGCAAGAUGUGCUAUAUCCCAGAAUUACCACAGAGUUCCAUUUCCCCAUUGAUACAGAACCUCUUCAUCUUUACUACUACCCCUUUCCAUCCCUCUCAAUCUCUCCCACUUUAUCCCAAAUCCUCAUAUCCCAUUUUCAUAUCUCCCUGUCUACCCAUUCCUCCCUCCUCCUACCCUUCACCCUUCACCCUUCACCCCAUACCUCUCCCUCUCUACUCCUCAAACUCCCCUCCCUUUCUAUCCCAAAUUCUGUCAUCCUCCUACCCCUCUCUCCCCCUUCCUCUCCCCCUCCCUCCCAUAGGAGCUCCAGAGGGCAGCAGAGGGGCAGGAGGAGAGCCUGUCCUGGCUGAAGAGUCAUCUGGCUGUACUGACAGAGGUCAGUCCUGAGGUGGAGGCUAUUAGACAGAGGGCUGCCCUGGCCAAACUCUCCUCUGACUUCACCGCCCUCCUCUCCUCUCUCUUGGAGGUAAACCAUCUUAUUUUUUUAGUUAUGGAGAGACAACUGUCCCCUUGUCAUGAAGGUCAGAAUUGAGAGACUGAUCUCUGUUCCUUCCUUGCCUAUCUAUAAAGUGAACUGGUGAUCCCUGCUCUAUUACAAUGUUAUUAUGCUGGUCUAGUCUCUGUUAUAUACCUGUAUACAUUAUGUUUUAAGGACCUGCCUUACUAUCUCUCUCGCUCUCGCUCUCGCUCUCUCUCUUUCUCUCUCUCUCUCUCUUUCUCUCUCUCUCUCUCUCUCUUUCUCUCUCUCUCUCUCUCGCUCUCUCUCUCUCUCAGUGGGGACAGGAGGGGUCUGUGAGGGUCCACAGUGAGGAGCUGAGGGAGGAUGUGCGUUGUGCUCUGGAGGAGGUUCUCAGGGCUCGAAGGGAGGCUCAGGAGCAGACCAGCAGGAUCCUGGAGGCAGAUAACCCAGAGGAGGCCAGGCAGCUGCUCCUCAUACACCAGGUAGGGGCUGAGGGAGGGGUGGGCUGAAGCUGCACAUUCCCACUGUGUAACUGUACUGUCUCAUGAAGCCAUUGUGUGUGUUUGAGAUCGACUACAUUGCAUUGCAGUCGGACUGCACAAUCAGAAUCACUGAUAUACAAAUCACCUUGCAUCCCAAAACACUACUUAGAAGAUUAGCAAUUCUGUGCUUCUCCUUGCUCAAAAGGAUCCCCUUAAACACAUUGAUUUUCUCUCUGACUUCCUGCCUCUAUCGCUCUGUGGGUCAACAGCAGCACCUGAAGCGUCAGCAGACUGACAGGAAGAAGGCGGAGCUACUAGUCGCUCACUGUCGCCAGCUGCAGAAGGGGGAGGGGCUUAGCAGCUCACUACGGGAACUAGAGGGUGCUUUCAGAGAGGUGGACCGCAAAGUAGGGGCCCAGGAGCACAAUCUGCAGGUACAACGUCUCUGGAUAAACUACACCGUAUUCACACAUGUGGGUGUGUUGAAAUGCAUGUGCAUGUCUUCCCAUUGAUCUUUCUGUACAUGCACCUUCCCUGAUCAAUGAUUGGUCCUUGUCCUGUGUUAACUUGCCAUUGAUCUGUGUGCUGUGUUUUUGACUUACACGUUUUCUUCUUACCCUCGGGUUUCAAGUAAACAUGUCCCUCUCAGCCUUGUCAUUGAUCAGUUUAAAUCUGUGUGUCUGUCCCAUUUGUUUGUGUGUGGGUGUGGCUGUGUGUGUGUGUGUGUUUGUGCGUGUGUGUAUGUAUGUGCAGGGUAGGGGAGUAACUGAUUACCAAAAAAAACGUUACUUUACCAGCAAAAAUAUUGUAAUCCAAUUGCAGAUAUUCUUGAAAAACUAAACUUACUUAUUGGAUUACUUUUAAAUUCAGAAAGGAUGUUUGCAAAAAAAUACAUUAUAACACCUUUCUGUUUUCUCAAUGACAUUCAAUUUAGCAUUGAAAAAAGGCACAAGUUUAACUUUGUUCUACCAGAGUGAGUCUGACCACAAGUCAGAGACCACUAUGAUGACAAACCAAAUGUGUUUGAUGGAUCCUUUUAGUCUUCUUCUAAAGCCUCUUAAAGGUAAAGUAAUCCAAAAGCAACUGAAAGUAAUCAGAUUACGUUACUGAGUUUGGGUAAUCCAAAAGUUCCGUUACUGAUUAAAAUUUUGGACAGGUAACCAUUAACUGUAACAGAUUACAUUCAGAAAAUAAACUACCCAACCCUGUGUGUGUGUGCCCGUGUCCACAUAUGUUGUGUUUGUAUUCAACGAUAUCUGUGUGGGAUCCUCAGGCGACUCUGGGUGCGUGGCAAGAGUUUGAGGCAGAGAGAGAGGCAGUGUGGCAGUUUGUCAGCAGUACCAGCCCUGUCUUACAGAGGGAGCUCAUCUUCAGCAGCCUGGACAGCCUCAGGACUGAGCUGGGGUUUACCAAGGUAAGUCUGAAAGAGAUACAUCCAGUGUGUGUGUCUGUGCAUAUACAGUGGCUUGUGAAAUUAUUUACCCCCCUUGGCAUUUUUCCUCUUUUGUUGCCUUACAACCUGGAAUUAAAAUGGGUUUUUGGGGGGGUUUGUAUCAUUUGAUUUACACAACAUACCUACCAUUCUGAAGAUGCAAAAUAUUUUUUAUUGUGAAAAACAACAGAAAACUUGAGCGUGCAUAACUAUUCACCCCCCAAAGUCAAUACUUUGUAGAGCCACCUUUUGCAGCAAUUACAGCUGCAAGUCUCUUGGGGUAUGUCUCUAUAAGCUUGGCACAUCUAGCCACUGGGAUUUUUGCCCAUUCUUCAAGGCAAAGCUGCUCCAGCUCCUUCAAGUUGGAUGGGUUCCGCUGGUGUACAGCAAUCUUUAAGUCAUACCACAGAUUCUCAAAUGGAUUGAGGUCUGGGCUUUGACUAGGCCAUUCCAAGACAUUUAAAUGUUUCCCCUUAAACCACUUGAGUGUUGCUUUAGCAGUAUGCUUAGGGUCAUUGUUCUGCUGGAAGGUGAACCUCCGUCCCGGUCUCAAAUCUCUGGAAGACUGAAACAGAUUUCCCUCAAGAAUGUCCCUGUAUUUAGCACCAUCCAUCAUUCCUUCAAUUCUGACCAGUUUCCCAGUCCCUGCCGAUGAAAAACAUCCCCACAGCAUGAUGCUGCCACCACCAUGCUUCACUGUGGGGAUGGUGUUCUCGGGGUGAUGAGAGGUGUUGGGUUUGCACCAGACAUAGCGUUUUCCUUGAUGGCCAAAAAGCUCAAUUUUAGUCUCAUCUGACCAGGGUACCUUCUUCCAUAUGUUUGGGGAGUCUCCCACAUGCCUUUUGGCGAACACCAAACGUGUUUGCUUAUGUUUUUCUUUAAGCAAUGGCUUUUUUUUCUGGCCACUCUUCCGUAAAGCCCAACUUUGUGGAGUGUACAGCUUAAAGUGGUCCUAUGGACAGAUACUCCAAUCUCCGCUGUGGAGCUUUGCAGCUCCUUCAGGGUUAACUUUGGUCUCUUUGUUGCCUUUCUGAUUAAUACCCUCCUUGCCUGGUCUGUGAGUUUUGGUGGGCGGCCCUCUCUUGGCAGGUUUGUUGUGGUGCCAUAUUCUUUCCAAUUUUUAAUAAUGGAUUUAAUGGUGCUCCAUGGGAUGUUCAAAGUUUCAACAAAAAAAAUUAUAACCCAACCCUGAUCUGUACUUGUCCACAAGUUUGUCCCUGACCUGUUUGGAGAGCUCCUUGGUCUUCAUGGUGCCGCUUGCUUGGUGGUGCCCCUUGCUUAGUGGUGUUGCAGACUCUGGGGCCUUUCAGAACAGGUGUAUAUAUACUGAGAUCAUGUGACAGAUCAUGUGACACUUAGAUUGCACACAGGUGGACUUUAUUUAACUAAUUAUGUGACUUCUGAAGGUAAUUGGUUGCACCAGAUCUUAUUUAGGGGCUUCAUAGCAAAGGGGGUGAAUAGAUAUGCAUGCACCACUUUUCCGUUAUUUAUUUUUUUGAAUUUUUUGAAACAAGUUCUUUUUUUCAUUCCACUUCACCAUUUGGACUAUGUUGUGUAUGUCCAUUACAUGAAAUCCAAAUAAAAAUCAAUUUCAAUUACAGGUUGUAAUGCAAGAAAAUAGGAAAAAUGCCAAGGGGGAUGAAUAUUUUUGCAAGGCACUGUAUACAAAUUCAAAUUGAUGAUGAUCAUGAAAAUUGACAAUGACCACAAGCACAGUGUUUAUUAGUUGGUUAUUAUUCUCAACAGCUGUAUGGACAGUGCCUUCAGAAAGUAUUCACAUCCCUUGAUUUUGUCCACAUUUUGUUGUGUUACAGCCUGAAUUUAAAAAUUAUUAAAUUGAGAUUUGUUGUCACUAGCCUACACACAAUACCCUGUAAUGUCAAAGUGGAAUUAUGUUUUUUGAAAUUUUUACAAAUUCAUAAAAAAUGAAAAGCUGAAAUGUCUUGUGUCAAUAAGUAUUCAACCCCUUUGUUAUGGCAAGCCUAAAUAAGUUCAAGAGUAAAACAUUUGCUUAACAAGUCACAUAUUAAGUUGCAUGGACUCACUCCAAUAAUAGUGUUUAACAUGAUUUUUGAAUGACAACCUCAUCUCUGUACCCCACAUAUACAAUUAUCUGUAAGGUCCCUUAGUCGAGCAGUGAAUUUCAAAUACAGAUUCAACCACAAAGACCAGGGAGGUUUUUCAAUGCUUCGCAGAGAAGGGCACCUCUUGGUAGAUGGAUAAAAAAAGAAGCACACAUUGAAUAUCCCUUUGAGCAUGGUAAUGUUAUUGAUUACACUUUGGAUGGUGAAUCAAUACAACCAGUAACUACAAAGAUACAGGUGUCCUUCCUAACUCAGUUGCCGGAGAGGAAGGAAACCGCUCAGGGAUUUCACCAUGAGGCCAAUGGUAACAUUAAAACAGUUACAUAGUUUAAUGGCUGUGAUAAGAGAAAACUGAGGAUGGAUCAACAACAUUGUAGUUACUCCACAAUACUAACCUAAUUGACAGAGUAUUCCAAAAUAUGCAUCCUGUUUGCAAUAAGGCACUAAAGUAAUACUGCAAAAAAAUGUGGCAGAGCAAUUAACUGAAUACAAAGUGUUAUGUUUGGGGCAAAUCCAAUACAAUACAUUACUGAGUACCACUCUCCAUAUUUUCAAGCAUAGUGGCGGUUGCAUCAUGUUAUGGGUAUGCUUGUAAAUGUUAAGGACUGGGGAGUUUUUCAGGAUAAAAAAUAAACAGAAUGGAGAUAAGCACAUGCAAAAUCCUAGAGGAAAACCUGGUUCAGUGUGCUUUCCACCAAACACUGGGAGAUGAAUUCACCUUUCAGCAGGACAAUAACCUAAAACAGAAGGCCAAAUCUACACUGGAGUUGCUUACCAAGAAGGCAGUGAAUGUUUCUGAAUGGCCGAGUUACAGUUUUGUCUUAAAUCUGCUUGAAAAUCUAUGGCAAGACCUGAAAAUGGCUAUCUAGCAAUGAAUUUUGAAAAGAAUAAUGGGCAAAUGUUGCACAUUUGGAAAGCUCUUAGCGACUUACCCAGAAAGACUCACAGCUGUAAUAGAUGCCAAAGGUGAUUCUAACAUGUAUAUACUCUGGGGGUUGAAUUCUUAUCUAAUAAAGUUAUGUUAGUGUUUUAUUUUUCAUGAUUUUCUUUUACAAAUGAUAGAAUUGUUCUUCCAUUUUGGCAUUACAGAGUAUUUUGUGUAGAUCGUUGACAAAAAAUGACAAUUAAAUCCAUUUUAAUCCCACUUUGUAACACAACAACAUGUAGAAAAAGUAAAGGGGUGUGAAUACUUUCUGAAGGCACUGUAUCAAUUUGUUUCCAGGGGCUCCAUAAGAAGAGUUGGGAGUAUGUGGUACAGACAGACUCCCUGUUGAGGAAGGCAGCAGAGAUUCAGCUGGGUCAUAAGAACCAGACCCUCCUACAGCAGCAAGCCCAGCAGGCCACACAACAAGUCACACAACUGGAGGCCAGGCUCAAGAAGAUGUAAGGAUGUCUCCCUUCUUUGUACUUACUUUCUAUGAUAUAUUCACAUGCACAGUACUUUUCCUGCUUCAUCCUAUUCAGUUGUAGCAAUACUGUAGUAGAAUGGUUGUGUGUGUGUGUGUGUGUUUGUGAGUGUUUGUGUGUGUGUGCGCAGACUGACUCUCCUCCUGUCCUUGUCUUGCAGUGUUGACCAGCUGGAGAUGGUGUGUGUGUGGUGGGAGCGUUUCAUCAGGGAGUCAGAGGCCUUCUCCUCCUGGAUCUCAGAGAGGGAGCAAGAGCUGGACACUGUGGACCCCACCUCCUCCUCCUCCUCAGACCCCCUUGAUAAACACAUCAGCACAGUGGAGGUAUGAUGUGUUUGUGUGUGAAUGUGCAUAAAUGCGUGUUUGUGGGAGAAAUGCAGUUUAGUAUCACAGCGUCAUACUGUCCUUUAUACUAUUCCUCCCUCCCAUUCACACUCAAUUAUAUAGAGUCAAGAAGUAGUCUGUGCUUUGGUCACGAUCAGAGCAUCGCUUCGAUGACUGUUUAAUGAAUGCCCUACAUCAGUGUCUGUAUCACUGUGGGCCCCAGUUUCUACACACAGGCUUUCAGAUUGUAUGUGAACAGAUGAACAGAGACUGUAGAGACUGAUCUAAUAGCUCUAUUGGGAUCUACUUUGAAUUGCUUUCUCUCUCUCUCUGUCUGUCUCCCCCCUUUCUCUCUCUCUCUCUCUGUCUGUCUCACCUCUUUCUCUCUAUCUCUCUGUUUCUUCCUUCUUUCUCUCUCUCUCUCUGUCUGUCUCCUCUCUUUCUCCCUCUCUCUCUCUGUCUCCCCGCUUUCUCUUUCUCUCUGUCUGUCUCCCCUCUUUCUCUCUCUCUCUGUGUCUCCUCUCUUUCUCCCUCUCUCUGUCUGUCUCCACGCUUUCUCUUUCUCUCUGUCUGUCUCCACGCUUUCUCUUUCUCUCUGUCUGUCUCCCCUCUUUCUCUCUCUCUCUGUGUCUCCUCUCUUUCUCCCUCUCUCUGGCUGACUCCUCUCUUUCUCUCUCUGUCUGUCUCACCUCUUUCUUUCUUUCUCAGUCUGUUGGAGCAAAACUAGAAGAGCGGGCAGCCAUGUUGUCCCACCUGGAGGCGGAGUCAGAGGCUCUGUCAGGGUUUGUGACCCCUGGGGAGGCGGGGCGUAUCCGGGCGCGGCUGUCUCAGAUGGAGCGGUACUGGGAGGAGCUGAAGGAGAGCGUAGAACAGCUGGGGGGACAGCUCAACCAGAACGCCACCUACAGGCAGAGGUUUAACGACAACCUGGAACAGGUAAGACACACCUCUAUUGUGACUAGAAUUGCCACGGCAAUCUCCCAUUGACUUUAAUGCAUGAUUUACGCAAAAGUCCACGUUUCAUACACUUAUCUCAAGCUAAGAUUUGUUCAUUACAUCUGGUUUACUGUAAAUUAUAUAUGUGUUAGUACACUGUAGUAAGUGGUGAUUUUGAAUGAUGUCUUCAUCAGGUGAAGAGAACGAUGGCUGACCUCAAAGAGAAGCUGGACAUCACCAUCACCUGCUGUACAUCCUCCUCAGAGACCUACAGAGUUCUCCAGGACCAUAUGGUACACAAUGACUCAUGUCCUUCUUUCUCAGCAUGCUGCACUACAAUAUAAUGUGUCCACACUGCUACAUCAACUAAAAUAAUUGCAUAUGACAUAUGUUUAUCAUGUUAGGAUAAGAUAUGGUAGUCACAUUUGUUUGUGCGUACAUGACAUUUCUAUGUUGGCAAUUCUUCCAGGACGUAACCCAGGCCUUGGAGCAGCUGAAGCCCAGGCUGGUGGCUCUGUGCUUGAGUAAAAAGAGGCUGGGUGAAGGGGAUCUGCUGGAGGGAGAGGUGGCUAACCUCCAGAAGGACCAGGGAGAAUACAUAGAGCAGGCUGCAGAGAAAAAGGCUACACUGGAGAAACUGCUGGCACUAUGGCAAAAGUAAGGAGACAAUGUGUGUGUGUGUUUGUGCAUGCGUACACCCGUGUGUGUAUGCAUGUCUGUGUCUGCGUGUGUGUGUGUGUGUGUGUGUGUGUGUGUGUGUGUGUGUGUGUGUGUGUGUGUGUGUGUGUGUGUGUGUGUGUGUAUACAGGAGACCUCAUCUGGUACCCUGGAGGUUUUUGUAUUGGGGAUUAGUAGUGCAGUACUGGGUGCUGUGGAGAGAUAGGACUUUCCCUUUAUGUCCCUGUCACUGACAGACAGCAGUAACACACAGACAUGGGCUGCCCACUCAUAAUGGAAGUGUGUGUGUGUGUGUGUGUGUGUGUGUGUGUGUGUGUGUGUGUGUGUGUGUGUGUAAAAUCACUAGGGAAGCCAAGACAGUAAAAAAGCCAUAUUACAACCUAUGUUGUGAUAAUUGCAUUGUUUGCCCUAUAACCCAUUCGUUCAUAUGUCACCGUGAUAUACAAUAAGGCCGAGACAACAAAAAGACAACAUUUACACAGUGGCGGAAUAAAUUCAACGACACCUACAUUUGUUUAAUCACAAAACUGGAGAGCAACAUCUGUCCGGUGAAGAGCACAAAGCAAAUAUUGCAUGUAACAAACAGUUACAUGACCUACAGCAUGGUCAAGCAAGUUAAUGUUUUCGACAGUUUACUAAACAAUAACUGAUUUAGAACCACAGUGUUACCACAAGUCAGCAGAAAGACAACAGGAGCACUGCCUCCGCUAUUCCAGCACCAUUUCAACUUAAACGUUUAAACAUCAUCAAAUCAACAAGGCUAUAUAUGCUUAGUUGAAUACAAUGAAAACAAUUUUACAUACAAUCCAAUCAAUGUUGCAAAAUAUCAUGUGGCUGUCCAUGGUACUGAUUUCUGUGUGUGUGUGUGUGUGUGUGCGUGCAUGCGCAAGUAAAACAUUUUUUUUAAUCUACUUGUAGACUAGUUGAAUGCCAAUGCCAUCCUCCUCUCUUUCAUGUUGGCAAAACGGUCUAUGGCUCUCUCAUACAGUAUGCUUUUAGUUUUUGUUGGAAUAGGCUACCUAGCUAAAAUGCUUGUUAGCCUAACUUCCUCGCAUGGGCAACAGUGAACCAGCUAAUUUAGCUAGCUAGUUAACAUGAGCCUACUAGGCUAUAUCUAGGCUACAUAUUGAACUUUAAUCAUCUCAGGCCAGUGGCACAAUAUAAACAUUUAUGGUUAGAUCAGAAUCGCAGUCAUAAUCAUUGGCCUUGUUGUAGAAAUUCUACACAGGGACACUCUAAGUAAAUCUUAAAUGAAUCAUUGUUUAUUAACAGUUAACUGGAGAGGUUCCAACAAACUUGAUGCACCAUAGUACACGUCUGUCAGGAGCUCUAUCGGGGCAGUCCCGUUAGAUCUCUUAUAUACUGCUUACACGUUACAUAGGCAUGAUUUAGCUUAUUCAUCAUUCAUAAUUAAUUCAUCCUUAACGUUUGGUUCAUGCAUGUGACCGACCAGUACUGGUUCAUGCAUGUGACAGACCAAUACCUCACGAGGCGUUUUGCUGCGACAGGACAACCCACAAUUGAGCUCAGCUUAACACUCAUUGGCUAAUUCUUUAAAAAAUGUAUCCGGUGAGAUUCAGCCACUUGCGAAUUGAAGGAAAAUUAUGAAAACACAGAGAUAUUAGUCAAAUAUUUGGGGAAGCCUGGCUUCCGUUAGCAACCAUGAAUACACACCACUGUUGUGUGUGUGUGUCAGUAAUAUUAUAUUAUGAACUAGAAGGUGUGUAUUGGGUAAAUAUUUUUGCUACCAAUUGUACUAGACCUUAUUUCCUGUCCGGUAUUUAAAAGUGUCCUCUGUCCUGUUUGUCUCAGGUAUGAGAAGGAGAGUUUCAGUCUCAGGUCCUGGUUAGACAGAUGUGAGUCUGUCUGCUGUCCAGACACUCACCUCCUCUCUACAGACAAAGCAAAGCUGAUGAAUGAGCUGCAAACUGUACAGGUAAAAAGUGUUAACAUCAAUCCACAAUCAUAUUUCAAUAAAUAAAUUAUAAUAAAUUAUACUUAUUUAAUCAUAUUUUAUGAUAUUACAGGAAAUGCAGAGUGAUUUGCAGUCCCAUGAAGCUUCUCUGCAGGGUGUGGUGAGUUUGGGGGCGUGUCUCUACCCUACAGCACCAGAGGGGCGGGUCAGAGAACUCACUGAUGACAUCACACAGCUGGAGGAGAGAUACACCUCAAUGAAAGACAGUAUAACACAAAGGUUAGGAAGUGUGUUAUGUUCAAUCUGACAUAAUACACCUACAGUAUAUAUACAGAUUACCAAAGUAGGAUUUCCCAUCAAGGCCACUUUUUUACCACUUGGUACACACACACUUACACCUCUCUCCUCUGCAGGCUGCAGCAGCUGCAGACACACCUGUCUCAGGUGGAGCUCUUUGACGAGGCCCUGCUGACCCUCACCCAGUGGAGCGAGAACUUCCUGUCUGUCCUCAGAACCACUUCCCAGGUCAACAUAGCUGACCUGCAGAGUGCUGUCACCCAGGUCAAGGUGAGUCAGACUAAGUUUUUUGCCUGAAUUGUGUCUUAAUUGUGCUAUAAACCCUUUGAGAUGACAAGGAUUGAUCCUGUAAAAUAGAUGAUGAAUUUGUACGUGAAUGUUGAUGUUGAUGCUUUUAGGCUAAACUCUUCACUGCCUUUCCCAGGAGAAUGAGGAGUCUCUCCAGGAGCAGACAGCCCUGAGAGAGACCCUGCAGCAGAGAGAGUCCUCCCUCCUCUCCUUCUCCUCCCCAGAGGCCCAGCAGCAGCUCCAGGGCCAGAGGGAGGACUGCCUGCAGCCACUCAGUGAAGUCCAACGCCUGCUCCUCCUCCGUGGGGAGAGCCUGGCUGAGCUGGGGGUCUUCCUCCAGAGCCACGGAGCUGCAGCCUUGGCGGUCAGGGGCCUCCGGGAGGCUGUGGAGGGCAGGGGGAGCUGGGAGCGAUCGAAGGCUGAGGAGCUGCACCGCGGGCUGGGGGAGGUGGCCGGGGACGUGGCCCGUCUGGAGGCCCAGGCGGUGGGGUUGGAUGGGAGGCUCAGCAAGGCCCACCUCCACCUGAGUGGGGCGGAAUGGAAAGGCUCCAAGGAGGGGGGUCUGGGUCAAGGUCCCGCCCAGGGGAGGACGUCGUGCAGGGGCCAGGCUGUGGCCCUCAUGGUGGCCCUGGAGGGGGUGCAGCGGGGCCUGGGGUGGAGGCAGAGCGAGGCGGAGGCCCUGGGGGCGCUGUGGACCUCCUUCAGGGAGAGGAGGGAGGAGGUGAUGAGGAGUCUGAGGGAGCUGGAGGAGAGGGCCAGGCAGGAGGGGGCCAGAGAGAGCAGCAUACAAGCCUUUCAGAACAGGUACAACUAAUAUCUCUCAUAAUAUAGACACUGCCAGUGGCAGAAUACAACAAAAAUACAGCCUUUUACAUCUAAUUUUAUGGUUUACAGUGAGGGAAAAAGUAUUUGAUCCCCUGCUGAUUUUGUACGUUCGCCCACUGACAAAGAAAUGAUCAAUCUAUAAUUUUAAUGGUAGGUUUAUUUGAACAGUGAGAGACAGAAUAACAACAACAAAAAUCCAGAAAAACGCAUGUCAAAAAUGUUAUAAAUUGAUUUGCAUUUUAAUGAGGGAAAUAAGUAUUUGACCCCCUCUCAAUCAGAAAGAUUUCUGGCUCCCAGGUGUCUUUUAUACAGGUAACGAGCUGAGAUUAGGAGCACACUCUUAAAGGGAGUGCUCCUAAUCUCAGCUUGUUACCUGUAAAAAGACACCUGUCCACAGAAGCAAUCAAUCAAUCAGAUUCCAAACUCUCCACCAUGGCCAAGACCAAAGAGCUCUCCAAGGAUGUCAGGGACAAGAUUGUAGACCUACACAAGGCUGGAAUGGGCUACAAGACCAUCGCCAAGCAGCUUGGUGAGAAGGUGACAACAGUUGGUGCGAUUAUUCGCAAAUGGAAGAAAUACAAAAUAACUGUCAAUCUCCCUCGGCCUGGGGCUCCAUGCAAGAUCUCACCUCGUGGAGUUGCAGUGAUCAUUAGAACGGUGAGGAAUCAGCCCAGAACUACACGGGAGGAUCUUGUCAAUGAUCUCAAGGCAGCUGGGACCAUAGUCACCAAGAAAACAAUUGGUAACACAUUACGCCGUGAAGGACUGAAAUCCUGCAGCGCCCGCAAGGUCCCCCUACUCAAGAAAGCACAUAUACAGGGCCGUCUGAAGUUUGCCAAUGAACAUCUGAAUGAUUCAGAGGAGAACUGGGUGAAAGUGUUGUGGUCAGAUGAGACCAAAAUGGAGCUCUUUGGCAUCAACUCAACUCGCCGUGUUUGGAGGAGGAGGAAUGCUGCCGAUGACCCCAAGAACACCAUCCCCACCGUUAAACAUGGAGGUGGAAACUUUAUGCUUUGGGGGUGUUUUUCUGCUAACGGGACAGGACAACUUCACCGCAUCAAAGGGACGAUGGACGGCGCCAUGUACCGUCAAAUCUUGGGUGAGAACCUCCUUCCCUCAGCCAGGGCAUUGAAAAUGGGUUGUGGAUGGGUAUUCCAGCAUGACAAUGACCCAAAACACACGGCCAAGGCAACAAAGUAGUGGGUCAAGAAGAAGCACAUUAAGGUCCUGGAGUGGCCUAGCCAGUCUCCAGACCUUAAUCCCAUAGAAAAUCUGUGGAGGGAGCUGAAGGUUCGAGUUGCCAAAUGUCAGGCUCGAAACCUUAAUGACUUGGAGAAGAUCUGCAAAGAGGAGUGGGACAAAAAUCCCUCCUGAGAUGUGUGCAAACCUGGUGGCCAACUACAAGAAACGUCUGACCUCUGUGAUUGCCAACAAGGGUUUUGCCACCAAGUACUAAGUCAUGUUUUGCAGAGGGGUCAAAUACUUAUUUCCCUCAUUAAAAUGGAAAUCAAUUUAUAACAUUUUUGACAUGCGUUUUUCUGGAUUUUUUUGUUGCUAUUCUGUCUCUCACUGUUCAAAUAAACCUACCAUUAAAAUUAUAGACUGAUCAUGUCUUUGUCAGUGGGCAAACGUACAAAAUCAGCAGGGGAUCAAAUACUUUUUUCCCUCACUGUAUAUAUGUUGUAUACAUUGAGUUAAAUCCCCACUGUCCCCUGUCUCUUCUCCCCAGUCUGCGAUUCUUUGUCCAGUUGGAGGAUGAGCUUCAGUCUCUGCAGCAUUCCCAGCAGUGGCUAAGGGAGAGGGGAAGCCAGCUGGCCCAGAGAGACAGUGAGCUGGCUGGGGAGGCCCUCAGGGAGGUGGGCCUGGUGGAAACAGCCUGGGAGAAUGUCAGGAAGAUCAUCACUGAUGGGUGAGGGAGGGAGUGGGGGAGGGGAGAGGAUGGGAUGGGCUGGUUGGGUGGUGAAGUAGAUCCAGCAUUUGUUAUUGUGUCAGUCAGCUCACUAUGAUGAACAUGAGGCAGUAGCUGGGGUCUCUGUGCAUUGUUUCAGAAAAAGUUACAUUUACUUUGUCAAUGAACAAAAUGUUUUCUUCAUAUUUUCCAUUUGUCCAGAGAGGAUUGUUACCUGUUCACAGUCUUAGUUACAUCAAGUUGUCAUUGUUGUCUCUCCCCCUCCAGUCAGGAGCGGUGUGGACACCUGGUGGAGCUGCUACGUCACUUCCAUUCCCUCAGGUCCACCCUCAGUACCACUGUAGAGAACGCCUUGACCGUCACCCACAACCAGCCUGACCACAACCACAACCCAGAGGAGGCCAGGAGAAUACUCUCACGGGUCAGUCACACUGUAAUUAACCGUGGUCAUCUGUAGCUCAGCUGGUAGAGCAUGGCGCUUGUAACGCCAAGGUAGUGGGUUCGAUCCCCGGGACCACCCAUACACAAAAAUGUAUGCACGCAUGACUGUAAGUCGCUUUGGGAUAAAGCGUCUGCUAAAUGGCAUAUUAUUUAUUAUUAUUCUCCAACAGUAGAGUCCUAUCUACUGUAUUGUAAUGAAUGAUACUGAUACAAUAGCAGGUAUAUCAAUAUUUCACAUGCUUGUAAUACAGUUAAAGCAAUGCCUUAUACAGUCAGAUAAACUGUAGAGUCACAUAUGGUUCUUAUAGUACAGUCAGCCUACAAUGCUUUUGGGAUAAUAUCUAUGCUGUGGUUUCCACCUAGUGGCAAAGUGUUGUCAUUACAUACAUGUAUCUCCUGUCUCAACAGCACGAGGCAGUGAUAGCUGAGCUGAGAGGAAGACAGGAGGACAUGGACCUGUUAAUCAGUUCAGGAGAGGACCUGCAGAGAGAGCUGGAGAACGUUCCACACUGUGACUCCAACAGCAUCCAGAGAGGCAUGGAGACACUCAGGGACCAGUGGCUGCAGGUGAGGGAGCUAGGAUGGGGAAGAGAGCUUAGGGUUUCAUCUCUUCUGGGUGUAGAUGGUUUGGUUUUGUAAUUCACUUUGGAGGCAACAGAUUGUUAAAUCACAAUCUUUCACUCUUCCUCUGUACAUAUUUGUUUGUUUGUCUAUCUCAUUUCCCCUCUCUCUCUCUCUCUCUCUCUCUCUCUCUCUCUCUCUCUCUCUCUCUCUCUCUCUCUCUCUCUCUCUCUCUCUCUCUCUCUCUCUCUCUCUCCUCCUGUGGGAUUCAGCCGACUGCUCAGCUGUCACAAAUGAGCAUGCAAUAUCAACAAGUCUAGACAUGUUGUCUGCCUUUCUCUCUCUCACUCUCCCCCCUAUCUUUAUCUCUCUACCUCGCUACCUCUUGAAAACAAAGAUUGACUCUUUCUCUCUAUCUCCUUCUCUUAAUUACAGGCCAAUAACUGUCAAGAGAGAGAGACAGAGAUUCUGAAAGCUGUUGUUGAACUAGCAGGUAUAUAAAUGGUCAAUUGAUUGGUCUGUGUGCUUGUCCUGUCCUGUAGGUAUCAGAGAGGAUCCAGACCAACACUGAGAGACUAGGCCAUUGUGUGUCCCUAUUGGAUGACCUUAAGACCAUGGAACGGGACAUCGACCAAUGGGCAGAAGCCUCCAUCGCUGACCUCACUGAGUGUGUGGCCAAUCUUAGUGACAGGCAGGGGACAGAGACACACCUUGCCACUUUCCAGGUUAGACCCAGCUGGGCGGUCUAGUCUAGUAUGGAUGAAGGUCAUCACAUUGUUCACUGUUGCUAGACCUAAUGUAAAAAGAAAAUCCAAGGAUGCCAGUUGAAAGAGUCUCUUACUGUGUUGUAUCAGGCCGAGGUGGAGAGGAGAGAACAGAGGCUGGAUGACCUGCAGGAGAGGGUGACCAAGCUCAAGGACCUGGCCAAGCUCCAGGAGACCCCCAUCCAGCUGCAGGUACGUUUUGGGUUCAGAGGCCAUGUUAUCCAACAUGUUAUCCUCAGCAGGAGGAGACUUAACCAAGCAACUUGUGGAGAAUGUCAACCAUAUGUCUCUCUGUUUCUCUCAGGUGAUGGAGUGUGACCUGAGGAAGAAGAUCAGUCAUGCCCAGGAGGUGUUUGACCAGGCCAGACAUUCUCUGACCUACUUCAGCUUCCAGAAGCAGCGCUUGGAGGACCUCAUGUCCCAGAUGGCCGAGCGGCUGGAGACCGUGGAGAGCUCAUUGUCUGACCUGACUGGACCCUCCGGACCAGAGGAUAUGAUUAGAGUCAAGGUAUAAUAUUACCAAUAUUACCCGUUCCAUUUCAACCAACCAGAAUACCACAUCUUGAUGAAAGGAUUUUUCUUCCCAGUCUCUCAGUUUUAUAGAGUGUAUAGAACUUUGACAAAUGGUGAAUUUGACUGUUUAUCACUUUCAAUGAUCACAGAAAUCCGUUCAAAUACCAUUGUAGGUAUGUUAUUUCCUAUCCUAAGCUAGUAAAAAUCUAUUCUAUUGAAUUCUAUUUCCAGCCACCCCUGAGUGACAGUCAAUACCCUCUCUCCCCUUCCCUCUCCCCAGGAUCUCCAAAGUGCCCUCCAGCAGCAGAGGGGUGAUAUAGACAUGGCCAGAGAGACGCUGAGCUCCCUCUGUAGGUCCCACCCCUCCCAGGAGCUUACCCAUAUGUCCUCUGACCUCACCCUGCUGGCCAAGAGGACCGAGGCUGCAGCCCAGCUCAGCUCCAGGACCCGUGGGACUCUGCAAGACGCACUGCAGCUGCGUUUCAACAGUGAGGAGAGGGUUAAAACUGGGUUUUAUGCUGUUAUAUUUACGUGCUAAAGGUUGAUUUCCCAUUGUAAGUUUCAAAUAGAUAUAAAUUCAAUUCCCAGUGUUUGCUGUCUCCCAUCCAAACGGCCCCCUCUUCAUUGUAACCCUUGCUUGUAUUACUGUAUACAGACUCUGUGGAUGGACAAUAGCAGAGCAGCCAGGGGACAAUGUAAGAAUAGAUUGCAUAAAGUAGGACACAUGAAAACACCAACGAGGAGCUGACAUGAUAAAGUAGCUCAGGACACUGGGGAUAGAAUAAAGGCUGCGUUAUACUGCCUCAUACAUAACAAAGGAGUUAUGACAGAUUGAUCCCUGUAAAGACCUUUUAUCUGUACCAUAUAGCAUCACAUGUUGCUUUUAAAUGCUACUGGUGCCUUAGAUUGCAUUUUGAUUAGCCUUGACUUUCCCCAGGGCACACACAAACUGCACUGACACACUGUCUGGCACACACACACCUGUGCCUCUGAGAGUAAUGUCGAUCUCGUCACCGGUGCUCUCAGGGGAGUAAUUUGGGCUUGUUGCCAAGGCAACCAUGUGCUGCACCAUGCAGACACACCCACACAUCCCAUCUGCCUCACAGAAUCUCUCCUCCCUCGCCCUCCCUUGUUCGCUGACACAAUCUCUCCCUUUCUCCCUCUACUCUCUCUCCGCCUCAAUUCUCCUUCCCCUUGUCUACCAUAUCUUCUCCCUCAUCCUCUCACUCCUUCUCUCUUCUGUUCUCAUCCUGUUUCUCGUUCAUUUGUUCUUUCCAUCUGAGCAGAGGUCGUUCAAGAGUUUAACUCCUGGCUCUCUGAACGGAAGGCGGAGCUAAAAGAAUGUUCUGACCAAUCAGGAGAUGUCACCUCCCUGGGAACCAAGGUGGAGAGGCUAAAGGUACUGUCAAUCAUAUUUAACUGUUGUUAAGUGUUUAUACUAUUAUUGUUACUGCUCUGUUAUCUAUGCUAUACUGCUUUAGUACUGGUCUAAACUAUUCACCACCUUUCCCCUCCUGUCCCCCAGGUGGCGCUGGAGCAUGUGGAGGAGGGCGAGCAGCACCUGGGCCAGGUGUGUGACGAGGCAGAGAGGCUGCUGCUCCACCUGCCUAAGGCGGGGUCGGGACAGGUGCAGGAGCGCCUCUCUUCUUGCCUGAGAGACUGGGAGGGGUACAAGGAGGGGUGCAGACAGACCCAACAAGACCUGGAGGAGGGAAUUGCUCUACUGACAGGGUGAGUGUGUUUGUAUGUGUCUAGCAGAUUGUCCUACCAGAAUUGUAAGUGUGAGUUUGUGUAACACAAAUUACCCUGUUUAUUCUGAGAAUGUAGAAGAAUGAUGUUGUUUUGUUGUGUAAUGAUGCUAAAUAAUUUCCCAAAGGAAAUCAAAGUGUUCUAGCUAACUAACUUCGCUUGUUUUAGUUGUAGUCACAUUGGCAGUGUUCCUCUUUCCCAGGUUUGAGGGCCGUGUGGAGGGGCUAAGGGACUGGCUGGAACAGAUGGAGCGUAGCCUGAAGAGAGAGCCUCCUCUGGGGGGAGUGGAGCAGCCAGGAGUCCCUGACAGCACUGACGAGCUGGAGAGAGUGGAGGAGAUCCACAGAAAGCUGCUGACAAAGAGGUUUGUGUUUGUUGAGUUCUAAAUUAAAGAGCCUUAAAUAGCACUGAGAUGAGACAUUCAUCUUGAUAAAGCAUGGAGGUGGUAAAUGUUGCUGCAAUGUUGUUAUAUUUCAUUAUCGGUAACUGACAUACUGUAUACACACACUGUAUGCUAGUCAGUCAUUGAUUCACCUUAAGUUGUUGCUUUACCAUCUCUCUCUCCCCCCAGGAGUUCUCUGGAUCGUCUCAGCCAGGAGGCCCAGUCUCUGCGUGAGGCAGGUCGAGGCUGUGGAGGGGAGGUGAAGGCCACAGCCCAGCUCCAGACCCACCACCAGGCCUUGCUGCAGGGGACCAGGGAGCGCCUGAGAGGCUGCCUGGAGAGCCAGGCGUUCGGAGAGACCCUGCAUGGGGUGUGGCUCUGGCUGGAGGACAUCCAGGAGCGGCUGGGAAGUCUGGGGAGCACCAUGGGCAACAAGAAGGAGCUGGAAGAGAGGCUGGAGCAAGUGCAGGUAUGUAAGGAGGGAGCAAUGCCCCCCCACACGCACACACACACAAACUCACACAAACACACUCGGACACACACUUAACACAUUUGUUGAUCUACAUACCCUUUCACACACUCUCCACAUUCUGCAUACACCCCCCACACCCACUGUGACUGGAGUUAUACAUUGCUGUAGUUCUUUAAACAGACACAAGAGAGCGCUGUUGUUUACUACUGUACAGGAAGUUUUCCUGCCUGAACACAGUACUGUAAUACUGACCUUCCCCUCUGACCCUUUUGUUGGUCCAUUCAGGACAUCCUGCUUCUGAAGGGUGAGGGCGAGGUGAAGCUGAACAUGGCGGUGGGGAAGAGUGAAUUGGCCAUCAGGAGCAGCAGUGGGGAGGCGGGACAGGAAGUGAUCCGCUCUCAGCUGCAGGAAGUGGAGGACGUGUGGGCCACGCUGCUGGUGACCGCCAUGAGCUGCCACAGGUAG